AUGUGGCUCUUGGUUCUAGCACUUUGUACUCUGGUUUCCGUCAUUUGUGGAGAUUCUCCUUCUUGCUCAAAGUAUCAGGUUUCAUUUGAGAGCUCAUGUUAUGAGUUUGUCAAGUUCGAACGCACUUUCCAGAGUGCUGAAAGCUGGUGUGAAAGAGGUGGAGGUCACUUGGUCUUUAUAGAUCAACAGAAGACUCAGGAUUUUUUAGCUAAACAUUUAUUGGACAAUAGAGAUUGGUGGAUCGGUCUUGUUGGCGACUUACAAGCUGGCAAUGAUACGCAUGAAGGUAAAUAGUAACAACUAUUGAUCAGGUGCCCAUUAUGUUAAAUCAAGGAGAGAAUCCUAAAGAGUAUUAAUAAGGAUAAAAAAGCUACAUAUGAUAUAGAUUUUUAUGAAUAUUGUACUAUUUUUCAAAAUGAUUUGAUUAAAUGUAUUUUUACAAUGCGCUGUUCACUAACAUUGUGACCACCUUGUUAGGACUUUUUUUUACAGAGAUUCAAUCAACUCACAAUGAUAUCAAAACAUAUAUAUUAUUUUUCUCUGCAGAAUCUAUGGUUUGGCUAGACACUACCAAUAUAAGCUACAGUUACUGGGAUAGUAGCCAGCCUGCCACAUAUGGCAAGUGUGGAUAUUUAACGAAAGAAACCAACUACCGCUGGAGGACUACUGACAAUUGCACCCAGGAACUCUACUUCAUAUGCCAGUUUGGUGAGUAACAUUUUCCAUCACUUUUAAGAGGUAUACUUACCCAGAUCUGUAUAAUAGAGAACAUCUAUCUAUUAUGGUAAAGUGGAGUCUUUUUCUGGUUUUGUAUUUGAUGCUCUGGAAAGGAUAGUUAAUGCAGAUUAAAUAUUCUGUGUGUGUCAGAUUGAAAAAGAAUAGAUAUGUCGUCCUCCGUGAUACUAAUUCUGUUUGGCAAAACACUGUGUUCUAACCUAAAAUGUAAAUUCUGAUGAAUAUCCAAUACUGGCUUAGUUUGGUGGAGGUUUAUGUAUGUGAUGGAUUGGGAUAGAAAGUUAAUUAAGGAAGUCUAGAGCAGUGGUCCCCAACCCAGUCCUUAGGGACCACCAACAGUCCAGGAUUUAUGUAUAUUGCUUUUUUAUUCCAAUGGAGAUGCUGACAAAACCUGGACUGUUGGUGGUCUAUGAGGACUGAGUUGGGGACCACUUGUCUAGAGGAAGUUGUUCAUACAGGAUACAAUUAGAAAAGCCUGAAAUUCUCUCUUCUGAUAUUUUCUUACAAUAUAUCUGUUGCAUAUUUACAAUUAGCACUUGCCGACUAAAAAUGCAACAAAGUAGGCUCCAUUUUACAAAUAAAAUAACCCUGAAAUCUAGAUACAAAUUUCAGUACUUUCCUUUACUAUAGUAUCGUUUGCAUUUUAACACAUGCACUUUAUACCAUUACAUCUUGUGUCAUGUUUUAUUAAAGCUGCUAUUCUUAAGGGUUUUUUGCCAAUUUUGGAUUAUGUGUUGCGAUAUUUGCACGUUUUGUGCUAUUGCCUAAUUUGUUUAUUCAAUUAUCAAAAAAAUUGCAUGUUAUCUUUUUAUUGAUUGUUUCUUUUCUCUCUUAUUUUAUGAGAAUAUCCCAAAAUCAUUGGCAACUUAAGUGACUGAGGCGCCCUGGUAUUGAUUUGAUCUUAUUCAGUUGUAUUUACGUACAAAUUUCAGUACCACUUGCUCCUGGCUGCCAUAGUAGCCAUACCUAGACUUUAAAAAUCCAGAAACAUCUUUAUAUGUGGUAUCUUUCAUAGACAACGGAGCAGUUAGAAUAGCUUUCCAAAUGAUUUACCUAUUGAAAUUCCCACAGACGUUGAUUGUGACUUCUGUAGAUAAGUCAUUUGCAAAAUGUUUUAUAAUAGAUUGUGAUCACUUGAAAUGCUUAACCAAAAAUGUUAAAUUAAUGUCUAUAAUGGGCAGAUAAUGCAUCUAUUAUCUAUCACCUGAAAAAGUGAAAACAGAUAUUUUUUAAGAUCCCAGAUAAAUUUUGACCCAGUGUCCGUCCAUCCAUAACGCUACAUUGUAGACUUCUGUGUUCUAAGACAACAUAUGAUGCUGACAAAUCAAAGCAGAUCUACAAAGGUAUUUCCAAUGGCGAGUUUUUCUACUAAAACAGGUUAAGUGACAGAGACACAAGAGGUUCUGAAAACCUUUCUUGUUUUGUACCGUUUAGAGACUGGACGUACCAUAGCCUGCGAAAACAACAAUGCCACAGUACAGUGUGGGUCGGGUAAAGUGGUACAGAUCAGCGAUAGUUUCUAUGGUCGAAAGAGCCCCCACUUCUGUACCUCGGAGAUCCCCUUACAAAUGGCAAAUGGCUGCACAUGGACGAAUGUAAGAGAUCUAGUUGCAGGUAAAAUGACAACACGUGCAAAGAUGAAGAAUUUGAUUAUUUAAUAAUAAUAUGAUAACAGUUGAUUUUUCAAGGGAGAGAACUAAAGUAUAAUAUUUUAUGUUCUGUGAUGGAAUGAAGCAUCCACAGAAUUAGCCGGUAGUAAUGUUUGAUAAUUUAACUAUAUGAACCAUAGUAGGUAGUAGCGUUUAAUAAUUUAAAUAUAUAAACUGAAUUUAAAAAUCUAUAUUCAGCUGUUUGGAUUACUGGAUUGGAUUUGUUUGUUGUGUGUUUUUAUGUUGUUGUAUCUUUUCUCCUGCCAUUUUAAGCUAUUUUCAAAGUAAUUUGUUGGGUUAAAGAUGAGUUUUUUGUCCUGAACCUCUGUAAAUAAUAAAAUAAUUAUCUAUAGGCAGGGUCAAAUGACACAAGACAUGACAGCAUAGUAUUAAUUCUAAAUUGAGUCUUUAUUUGACUGGGGUAACUUGGGUUCUCCACAUUUACAUUCUCCUGGUGGGUGGCUGCUUUUAUGUCAGAAUCAGUGUAGAUGUGUUAAAGGAGCACUAUAGCAUUAGGAACACAGAUACUAUAUUGCUUCUGUCCCUAGUUAGAUUCAGGGCCCCCGGUUUUGGGUGUCAAAACCUGUUUAAGUUUUUUUACUCUCUAUUUUACAGAGCCGAGACUCCUUCGGCAAUGCUUACCUCUCCGCCUACUACGAUUUCAUCAAGAAGGCAUGGCCUCCUCAUCACUGGUCUAAAUCAAUGCUCUUCAUAAAGGAGCAUUGGGGACCUGAUGCACAUGUGUGGGAAGUGCCAUGGGCCGCUCCAAUGCUUCUCAUAAGAAAGCAUUGAAUUCAAUUGACCGAUCCAUUGUUAGCCUUCCCUAUGAAAAAUGAUAUUUUCGCUAAAUAGGUUAUAUGUAACUAAGCAAUAUCCUCUGAUUUGACAAGUACCUACCAAACAGAAUUAAAUGUACAUUGAUCUUUGAAAUUAGGCUAGAUCUCACGAAAUAUCUGGCCAAUCAAACCUGAUCUAAUGAAUACCUACUAACAUGAAUAAGAUUAUAAGAAAAUGUUUCUUAAAAGUCGCUAGACCCAUCUUCAGUCAUUCUCCUACCCAAACAAAUAUUUAUUUAUUUCAUUUGAUUUAAUUAAUGCCCCUUGCAUGCUGGGUAUUAAGAUACAAAUUUGGUCUAUCCUGUCGUAACAUAAAUCUGUUUAUGUUAGGACAGGAUAACAAAGGUAAUAGCUCUGGGAUGUAUUUAUUUUUUUCAAAAUGUUGUUGGUGUGGUUGAUGAUAGGUAAUUUACCCCCCCCCAAAAAAAUAAAUAAUUCCUUAUCUCUCCCAUUACAUGUAAAAUCUAAUGUAAAACUUGAUCAUGCCUGAUCUAACUAAGAUCUAACCAAGUCAAUAAUUUCUUUAUUAAUACUUUAAUUGUGGUGGGGCUAACUUGGCUGAUAUCUUUAAAUAGGGUCUGGCGUGCCACUGUAUCGAAAAUGAGACUUGUUGUUUUUUUGUCAGAAAUCAAUAAUAACUAAUAACAUCCUUUAUCUUUUCGAGGGCAAUGCCAUGGACUCCAGGCUUGUCAGGUUGCCAUGGAUGCUACGGUUUUUGGGGCGCCCUGUCCAAAUCUUGGCAGUUACUUGUCCAUUAAUUACUACUGUAUGGAAGGUAAGUACACAGAUAAACUAAUGUUUUAUAUUUAUUCAGAAUAUUGUAGCUGACACUUACCUCUUAAGGGCCAACAACAUUUAUCCAGGCAUAAGCAACCUUUGGCACUCCAGAUGUUUUGGACUACACCUCCCGUGAUGCAUUGCCAGCAUUAUGGGUGUAAGAGCAUUAUGGGGGCUGUAGUCCACAACAUCUGGAGUGCCGAAGGUUGCCUAUCCCUGGCAGUCAUCCCAGUGUGGUCCUUAAAGAAUUAAUGACAGCAUGUCCCAUUCGGUAAUAAUCAGCAGCUCUAUAGAACCAUGUGAGUGCUAAAUGAGUAGGGCAUUAAAUGUGUGAAUAGGAUUUCAAAGGGGACACUCUAAGUAGACUAACCCCUACAGCUCAUUGCUAAUAAAAAUAUAAGGUUAACAACCUUACAUAUAAAAUAGGGAAGUCAUUGCACAACUGUACACAGCUUCCAGGGAAAACCACACAAAAAAAUCCACAGAAAAUAUGUGCAUAACUACUAUGCUCCAGUCUUAAAAAAAACCCAAAGAAAAAUGAACUUUCCAUCUGGAUUCUUUUUGAGUCCCCUCUUAUCUGUCUCGUCUUUUUACCCUUUGAAUUGCCCCUCUUUUUACAAGUAUUAUUCAUCAUGAGUGUGAAUGCUACAUAUUGCAGGGCAACACUUUUCAUUCAUUGCCCAUUAAAAGUAAUGGGCAUUAUGUGUCCUGGAAAACAAGGCAGAUAUAGCAACCAUACUUGACCUUUAGAUAAAGAAAAGUGUAUACAGGUGUAAGGAGGUGGGGUAAUGGCCAGAUAGGCUAUUUUAAAAAUUGGCAUGUGACUGCCACAGUCUGAAGGGUAUCAUAAGGCAGACAGUCUCUAAAUCCCUCUGUCAAUUCUGUCUGUGUAGGAAUUAUACAUCCUGUUAGGCUAUGCUUAUUCCACACAACUCCCAGUGAGUGGAAUAUAUAAAUAGCCAUUUUUAUUGGACAAUCUGGCAAAACUACUGGAGAGGAGAUUGAAGGGAUUCAAAACAAUGUUAGCUUAAUGAAGCCGUUGUAGGGUAUCGAUCAUGCUCCUGCAGCCUCACUGCUUAAUUCUCUGUCACGUUGGAAUUAAAUCAUUUUGUUUCUGUUUAUGCAGCCCUAGGCGUUCCUUCCUUGGCCAUUACUGACACAGCUAACAUGACAAAAAAUAUUUCAUUUUUAAUCAGAUGUUAACUUUCUUCAGAAGUUUUUAUCUCCUACUCUGUAAAUUAAUCACAGACAAAAGGCUCCAGCAGGCUCUAGAAGGCUAUUAACAGAGCAGGAGAUAAGCCAUUCAAAAUUAAACAGAAUGUGCAAUAAAGGAAGUUCUCCUUACAGGAAGUGUUUAGGACGGCUGUGCAAGUCACAUGCAUGGAGGUGUGACUAGGGCUGCAUAAACCAAGUGAUUUAACUUCUAAAUGGCAGCUAAUUGAGCAGUCAGACUGCGGGGGUAUUAAACUAAAGUUGUUUUGGUGCCUAUAAUGUUCCUUUAGACAUGUAAUUACAGUAAUACAAUAUUUAUAGUCAGUUUAUGGAAACUAAUUCCUCUAUAUAUUUCUAAAAUUUGCAUUAUAAUGUUUAUCCAAUAAAUACCAAAUUGUAAUGAAUUAAAAUACCAAAUUACGAAAUGUAGGCUGUAGAAAAGCUGUGACUGGAGAAUUUUGCCAAAUCAGCUAUUUUUGCCUAAAGUUUCCAAAUCUUUGUUCAAUUCACUGCAGUUUGGUUUGAAAUGAAUCAUUUCUGAAGGGUCAUCUCUUUCACUGCCUCAAAUUUCCCUUUAAUUCCUCUGCGUAAUAGAACCUAAUCGCACUAAUAUCUGAUUAUUUCUUAUCCAGGCUUGCAACUUGAUUUGGUGGACAGGUGUGUGGUGUUUGAAAAUGUCACACUCACUGUGAAAUGGCUUUUAACCCCUUACACCGGAAAUCUUUCCUGUAUUAUAAGCUUGGGAGAUGGCCAGUCUAUUGAUCCCUAUCAGCCUGAGAAGUAAGUCAAAAUUAUUAAGUAAAAUAUUAAUGGCCUUAUUCAUUAAAAGUAUUCACAUCUGAAUUGUAGCAAAUUUAAAUAUUUUUUUCAAAAUUUUGCAACUUGAAUUUCCAUUUGCUACAGUUCAAAGUUUAGUUUUUAAAACCUUAAUUGUUGGGAAUUUAAAAAUAAUAUAAAAUUUUAGGCCUCGAGAGCCAAAUUGGUUAUAAUAAAAUAUAAUUUCAAUUUGGCUUUAUUGGCGUAAACUUUUCUGACAUCUCACAUUUUUCUGAAUAAUACUGCUUACGGUAUAUAUUCAGUAAAACAGUAAAGAUACAGAAUAUAGAAAUAUAUUCAUCCAAUACAGAAAUCUAGUCAUAAACAGGACUAAACAUAGCCCACAAGGUCACACAUUUAGACUGGAAGAAAGGAGAUUUAGUCUGAGACAAAGGAAAAUAUUUUUUUACAGUAAGAACAAUGAGGAAGUGGAAUUUUCUGCCUGAAGAAGUGGUUUUAUCAGAGUCUGUACAGAUGCUUAAACAGCAACUGGAUGAAUACUUGCAAAAACAUAUUAUUCAGAGAUAUAAUAUUUAAAUUGUGGGGUAAUAGCUUCUUGAUAUGGGUCAAGAAGGAAUUUUUUACUAGUUUGUUGCAAAAUUGGAAGUGCUUCAAACUGGGUGUUUUACUUUCUUUUGGAUCAAUGGCAAAAACAUAUGAGAAAGGCUGAACUUAAAGGAUGCAUGACUCUUUUCAGCCUGUGUAACUAUAUAACUAUGUAAUGAAAAAGUUCAGAAAAAAAUGUUUACUUGCUCUUUUAAGUUAUUUAAUAUUUUUUCUUUAACUGGUCAACAAAACCACAUAGCCUUUUCCCCAUAUCUUCAUUAUGUCAAUGCUUUGCAGUGCAUCCAGCAUGAUAACAUAUAGUUUCACAUCUCCCGGAGAAUUUGCUGUGUUUGUGGAAUGUUCAACCAGUGAAUGGCACGUGACUGCUCAGGAAACCAUCACAGUAGAAGAGAACAAUGGAAGUCUCAGCAUUACUGGCUGCUACAGCAAGUAUGACGUCAAGGAAGGGUUCUGUAGGACAAAAUAUGGAGAGACUCUUUGGAUACAGGUAGACAUGAAUGCAGGUGAGAUAAUUAAGUCAUCAUUUGUUUUGUCAAACCGGCCCCAGAAUUCAAUGUACAUGUAUUUCCUCCCCUGUUAAUGUCCCAAAUCUGUUGCAUAGAUGUAAAACCACAAACAUAAUCUUGGAUGCUUACUUAAUCUCUGCUAAAUUCAGAUUCGAGCAAAUUGAUAUGGCAAAAUGUAUGCUAAAGUCACCUGUUUUUGCCUAAAUUUUUACGUUCAAGUUUCAAUUUGCUACAUUUUUAAAGUUUACUGAAUAACAUUUCUUUUUCACAGACUUAUGUUUAAUUAAGCUUAAUUAAUUUUACAAUUAUUGUAAUAUUCAUAUAUUUUUUAUAUAUUGAUAUAUUUUUCUAUAUGUGAUAUAUUUCUUUUUUUUAUAUAGUUUAAAAGUUUUAAAAAAUUACUUUAAGGGGGGUGGAGCCUGAACACAGAGGCGAGCGGCUGCACAAGCUUGGAACUCCGGGCUCACAAUGGCAAAAACGACAUAUAUUUAGAGCCCUUAAUUUCCCAACUAGGCCGAGAGAGCCCACCUUGUCGACCCAAACAACAUAGGGCUGCAGAUCCAAAAGAACAACGCCAGAUAAGCCCACACUGGGGCUUACUAUUGGAGACAUGUGGAAGCAAGAGCAUGGCGCCAGUGGGCCUAAGAUGGCCGCUCUCUCAGGCGACUGCUCAGAUUUCUUGGACGAGUUCUCUGGCGACGCUGAGUAAGACAACUUACCCAUGCCUGCUCCAGCUCCAGUGCAGAUGGCAAAACAAAACAAACCAGGUGCAGACUCCUCUCCAGUGACCACUAGUGAUGUCCCGAACGGAUCGCUGAACGGUUAGCCACGAACGGUUCGCCACGGACUCCAGUCAGCAGACACAUUCCAGCCAAUCAGCAGCAGACCCUCCCUCCCAGACCCCCCCACCUCCUGGACAGCACACUAAGAAUGCAGCUUCAAAAUGGAUGCUGUCCAGGAGGUGGGAGGGUCUGGGAGGGAGGGUCUGCUGCUGAUUGGCUGGAAUGUGUCUGCUGACUGGAGUCCGCGGCAAACCGUUUGCGGCUAUAGAAGACACAUGGAGAAGAAACAACCUCAAGGUCAGCGGGGUCUCAGAUAACGUCCCAGAAGCAGAAUGACCACAAUUCAUAAGAUGGAUGCUGUUGGCCUUGCUACCAUCUACGCAGGUUAAAGCUAGCACCAACUACUGCCUCAAGGGACCUAAUAGUCACCUUCCACAGUGGGAAUGACAAAGCAGCGGUCCUCACAGCCUUAAGGGGCAAAGUGCCUUUCCACUUUGAGAACAUGGCGUUAUCAUUCUAUGCCAACUUGUCGAGUGCCACUCUUGCCUGGCAAUGGUUGCUUUGACCACUCACUUUCUUGCUCCAACAACAAGGUGUUCGCUACCACUGGCACCAAUCCUGCGUGCUUAUGGUCCAGCAAGGGAAUGAUACGCAUUUUAUUCAAGACCUCUAGAGCUCAGCAGCACUACUGCGGGAUCUGGGCUUACCCCAGGACUCGCUGAAACAACCGGGGACACACAAUACUACCCCCAGACCCACACCUGGGAUCUGGCAAGAAUCACCACAUUCAUCUUUUAAAGGGCAACACCUGGCUCCUACGCGGCUGUCACUACAUAAGAGAGACAUAUAUGGCACCGGUGGCUAUACUUACUGUUUACAAACUAACGUUUCUAGUUGUUAUGUUGAACUCACUCAAUUUUCUACCCCCACAACGCCCUAGCCAACCCAGUACAGACCACUCAAUUUGUAUAUCGCCACUAACUAACCCCAAUGAGAUAAUUGGCUAGUCAACCACUGUUUCCGGCUCUAGAUAUAGCCGUGAUCUGCGGGGGACUGGCUACCACUAAGCUCCAGAGCUAUUGUUUUAUUUUGAUUUUGACACAUUGUCUUUUCACCUUUAUGUUCUCUCGCCAGUAGCCAUACUACUGACAUAGAUGCCAGCAUUUAGCAGUGUGAAUAAUCAGAUAUGGUUACUGGAAUAUUAGCAUACAAGCCUAAUGUAGCUGUUAUAAACCUUACACACCUUUACUAGACAUCACCUGUAAAUCUUAAGUUUAGAGCUAAUGUUCAGCCUAUUUAUAAUGCUUUUUGCUCUUUACAAAAAAAAAUCAAAAGUGCACCUCAUUUACAUGCCAUGAUUCUGCAUUCACGUGUAAGAUUACAAUUUGCUUAUCGAUGUUGUUGUUUUCUCUAAGCACAAUGAAAAUAAAGAAUUUAAAAAAAAAAACACAUUUAAAAUUGCAUUAAUUCAUUUGAAAUGCGAAUCGAAAAAUAUUAAAGGCCUAAGUUGUAAGUAAAUAGUAAAAUAGAAUAAUUUAGGACACUUUUUUCUAACUAGGCUACUAGGUUUGGAAUUUCCAAUUCAGUUGUCAAUGUGCCAUGGUUUUCCAGAGUCCUUCACCCUAGUUGUUGGUAAUUCAAAGUGAAUUCAGAAUUAAUUAAAAAUUUUAGGCUGAAAAAGCAUUGCUAUUUUAAUCCAAAAUUUGAAUUCACAAUGUGCAAUUAUAAUAAAGGGAGCUAUCGUAAAUAUUAAUUUUGGAUAUGUUGUAGCAUAUUUAUAGAUGUCUGUUUUCACUGAGAAUUCUACUGACAGCAGUUAGUCUGUCUAAAGUUUGGAAAGCUGACAUCAGCCUAAUACACACAUCAGACCUGGCACUCCGUCAUCGGCACACUCAUUUUUAAAAAAAAAAUAGAUUCUGUCAAAAGAGGGUGUAGAAAGCAAUAAAAAUUCAUAUAUCUUAUAAACAAAAGAUCUAUGACAAUGACCAUUUAUUAAAAUGUAAAAAAUACAUUUGUUAAUACGUGUAUAUUAAAAGUGUAUUCUAAAAUAUAAAGGACACAAUAAUAGUGCAAUAUACAAUAACAAUAGUGUAGAUAUUUCUGUAGUGCCAAAGAAACACUCACACUUUGUAGAGCUAUAUAAGCUCUAAUUAUUGAGCCUGGACGGAAUAAUCCCCGUAUAUGGAUUUCUUUGUGGAUAUCAGCAGUGCUUGGCUCUCAAAUAGAUAGAGGUCAUCACAUAUAAAGAGAAGAAAAUAAACCCAAUGGUAUAGUAUGUAGGUAAACAAUAAAUGGAAAAAGGAUAAACCUACUUACAUUAACUAGAGCAAUGACCUGCUCUAGUGUGUAGAAAUGUAGGUGAAAUAAUCCCCACCUAUGGAUACACGUGGACCUGGAACAGCAGCAAAGGAAAACUGGAUGCGAGGUGAGUAUAAAAAUGACUGUGUAUAUAUAUUGAAUAAAAAAGUACUUUAUUAUAAAUAAACACAGAGUUAAAAUUAAGUGAAAACCAGUCCUAUAGUAUAGUCCUCACUCCUCACUUGACGCGUUUCGCCGAAGCUUCAACAAACAUGAAUGCUUGCAGGUAGGGUCCCCGUGGUUUAUGUAGUCUCCAAAUGCUGCAUUUUGGUUCCGGUGUGUUUUGCUGCUAUUUCCAGUUUCCGUCAAGGGUCUCGACGUCGUUUUGUCAGUUCCUGGACAUUGUAAUAGUAAUGCGCGCGGCACUUCGUAGUGAUGUGUGCGGAAGUUCCUUGCAGGCGAUUUUAGGUCAGGGUGGCGGUCCGGUAUGGGAACACAUAUAAAAGAACGUGAAAGAUUAAAAAUUAAAUAGACACAGUCAUAUAAUAUACAUUGUUGAUUAAUAUAGGCACAAGAAUAUCAUUGUGUUACAACAUUGUGAGGUCGAAAGAAAUUAUAUGAGGGGCCGUCGUGUAUUACAUCAUUUUCACGGCAUCUUAAGUAUUGACAAACGUCUGGAAACGUCUUUUUAUUUUAAGAUAUACAUCUUCAGGUUUCGCUCUCUCCUCUUUACGUUUGUAAUCUAUAUAUUUAGCGCUGCUCACCUAAUUGUUUUUAUCUGCUUUGAUUUGUUUUUCACAAAGUUAAGGGAACUCCUUGUUGGUGAAUUGCAGCUAUUAUCAGAUAGAGAGCACUUAUCUCUGUUCUAUUGUAUUUUAAAAUAUGCUGCAGUCUAAAAAAAAAUUUUUUUUUCCAUAUUCCCCUUUAAGUAGCGACAUACAUGUAAACAUUGUAUUUUUUUCCAACUCGUUUGGUUACAAGAGUAGUCAGCCACAGUAGCAUAAAGGUUUGGUUGAAAAAUGUUCUCUGAGACCAAAUGACGGGGAAUUGUAUGAUUCUCCAAUCAGAAACAAGAAGUGAAAUUGAAAUGUAACAUAACAUUUUAGACUCUAAAAUGAGGCACUUCAAAUUGACGGCCCAAAUACGAGGCACUAUGAAAGCUUUCACAAAGGUGUGGGAACCAUGGGAUAACCACACAGAUGACUAGCAAACCACUAGAAACGUCCAAGACCACCCCUCCCCCCCCUAUCCACCCCCACCCCCCUCUUUUUAGGUUAAUCUACCCCUUCCCCAAUACCAGGUCGGGCCUUCCGGUAACCCGACCUAGAAGCUCAACACGCCAAAGCCGCUGCACCGCGACGGCAACUCAAAGGCCCUGUUAAAGAGUAACUUCUUAUGUUAUAAGUUAUAAGUUAUCUAAGUGUUGUUCUUACUGUAAUGUUGAAAAACGAUGACAGACAGGUGUAAUUCUCAAACGAUGUAACUGUAAUAACGUAUAAGCUGCCUGUAUGAUAUCGUGGCUUCUGCGCAAGCCACAAAAUUGCAUUGCCUAAUUAUAUCUGUCAUUGACAAAAUAAAGAAUUAUAAAAAAAAAAAAAAUGAGGCACUUGUAUGAGUGGUAGGUCAUUAUGGUUGUGUCAAGAUAUAACCAGAUACUAAGCCAUUUCUCCUCUGCAUGGUUUUAAAUAGAAACACAAUAAUUAAAUUUGUAGCUCUUUAGCUCCAUAAUAAUGCCUAUUAUAUUCUUAAGAGAACAUUGAAAUAUUACAGGUGUUUCAUAUGUGAUACAAGAUAUAGACUCAUCUAAAGAUUAUUGAGCAAUAUAAAAUCGACAUGAAUUUAAAGUUAAGAUUCUCUUUAAAAUAUUCCACAGGUUAGUAACAAUUAUCAUUGCUGUGCACCUUUAAUUCAAUGUUAGUGAUUCUAAAAAAAAUGCCUUUUAAAAGACAAAAAACAAUAUCCUGCUCAAAAUUUCCCUUUUUUUUAUUGUAGGCAACCAUCUUAACUACUCUCUAAUCGCAAACAAUGUAACUCUGAUUGAGUUCAGUGCAAUAACCGGGGAUGCGUGUCAUAACCUAACACUGGACGCAGUUGCCCAAAACCUACUAGGUCCAGGAGUGCACCAGAUACACAUCAUGGAGUCCAACAGUAAUUCAAAAACUAAAGUCAACAACACCAUUAUCCUCCACCUGGUUGAGGCCGUUUCUGGUCUACAGGGUCAUUUAUCCAACACCACAGUUGAAGCUGGAAAAGAACUAUUGAUAAAUGUAUCAGUUUCCCACGGGGCACCUCUUGAACUGACGUUUGUGUUCCAAGGUUCUGAUAAAACUUUCAAUCAUACAAGAGACUAUCCAACCGGGCUACCGACAAUGUACAACAUUCCUGUUAAUGUGGAAGGUACUCACUAUACUUACUGUAAAUUCAUGUCAACUCUAUAUCAUCUUGGGUUUGCACAAGACUAGGCUUCUAUUUGGGCAGUUUCCUAGCCUAUCACGCUGUAUAAAUAAGGACACAUUAAGAAACUGGAUUAAUAUUUAAGUCUUAAUAUCCCUUCCAUGCAAAUUCUAUUGCUAUUUGCCUUUUAUCUUUUUUCAGGAACCUAUUCGAUAACUGUUGUAGCUACGAAUGCUUUCUAUAACAUAAGCCAGGACAUUGGAAAUGUCACAGUAGUAGACAACGACACUCAACAAAAAGGUAAGAAUUGUGAAGAUUACUGAGGAGUGCAGGCAGUCAUCAAGUUAUUCCUUAUGGUGAAUUGAAGACUUUUGCAAGGUGUAUGUAAAAGUAGUAGCACCAGUUAGUUCUUCUUUUUAUCUGAGUUUAAUUACAUGAGCACUAUUAAGCUGGGUAAUUGUAAGUGAUUAUUUAGUUGCUCAAACAGUUCAAAUGUAGCAGUAUGUAAUUUAACAGCUGACUGUCUGUUAUCGAUCUAUAUGUCGGAUGACUAUAAAGUCUCUAUAACUGUCUGUCUCUCUCUCUGUCCCUCUGUCUGUCAGUGUAAUCCUUAGAAUGAAAUGUCAUCUGGUUGAAUUUGCCAGUAGUACAGAAAAGACCAGACAUAAUUUUGAAGAGCCUCUAAAAUAUUAACUGUAGAUGAGUUUACCAGUUAAAUAUAAUGUUAAAUCUUGAAGAAAUAUUUGUGACAGUAUUUCUAAUCAAAUACAUUUCAAAGACAGGAAACAUUUGCUUGUAAUUCUUUUUCCUUCAAUAUAAUUGGGGUAGCACUGUUUGGUGCACUAUAAGUGGUGCACUGCCCCAUUUUUUGUGCUUUUUGAACAUUUUUCUGAUUUUGACUGUUGGAGCUACAGCAAAGGUUUUCUAGCAGCACUAUAUGAAAUGUUCAUUUCGUGUUUUAUGUACAUUGUCUGUUUUGGGUACUGUAGUAACCCAUACCCCUACUUUAUAAAUGUGAUCAAAUAAAUUUGUGCCAGUAUUUCAUAUUUGCUUUAUGUAUUAUUUAUGUUUAAUCCCUCAGUAAAUCAAGACAAAACAGGACCAAAAGCUGAAAAGGUGAGAUUUAUGGUCCGGUACUGACCGAAUUUAACAAAGCACACUCUCAUGUUGACUUAAAUUUAGUUCCUUCCCACUUCCCGUUCAUGUUAAAUCUGCAUGAUUGCAUACUGUAUAUAUUAUAUUAUAUUAUUAUUUUUCGAAGUGGGGGAAGACCUAGUAAGUAAUUUGACCCAUGCCACUUGGUUAACAAAACAGACACUUCUACAUUUAAGGGACUUCACGUUGACAGACAAUAUCUAUGUAUAUUAUACCUUGUGCUGGUCAUCUUGUGCUGUAAUGUAGAGUUUAAUUGUGUAGAGCAGGGUAGGUGACCUUUGGCCCUUUAGAUGUUGUGGACUAUAUCGCCUGUGAUGCUUUGCCCGCAUUAUGGCUGUACAAUUAUUAUGGGAGAUGUAGUCUUUUACAGAAGCACACUACUCCAAGUGGGCAGAGUAGAUGGGCCAAACGGUUCUUAUCUACCGUCACAUUCUAUGUUUCUAUAAGUGUGCUGGUGACUUGGUUUUGGGAGUAAAAGGUUUAAAAUUCACUAUUAGUCUGCGCUAGACUAAACUUAAAGAUAAAAUAUUCUGCUUAACACCCCCACGUGUUUAAAUAGCUGGCAAUUUACCAAGGCAAUUUAUAAUGGAAUGCCUUCGGUUGCUCAAAUAAGAACAGAUUUAUAAAAAAGCAAACCAAAAAUGCAAAACAACUACAUUAUCAAAAAUACUAUUACGUAAGGUAACUUCAGUUUUGUGAAUCCAAAUACUAGAGCUCAAAGACAGAAUUAGAUUAUUAUUAUUAAUAGCAAAAAGACAAACAAAUGUUACACAGUGCCAAAAAUGACAUAAAGCACAAGGACAUACAGAACUAUAAUAGACAAAUGUCUUUAUUCUUUAAAAUAAAAUUAGACUUUAUAAAACAAACCAACACAAAUGCUAAAUCUUACAACAGACAACGUGGGAACACCUAGUUAAGUCUUAUCCGAUGUUGUCCGAAAUAAAGUCCAAGAGGAGUUCCGUCUCAUCUGGCCUGGCAUUCUGUUAUAUGAGAGUCCUGUCCGUUGUUACCAGAGGAACCAGCCCAUAUGGCCAAUUUAUGAUAACUGGCCCUUGACAUGACAUGACUUACUCUUGAUUGUUAUCUGUUUUUUUAUGGCCGAAUCCUGACUGCAGGCCCAGUAUGCCCAACUUCCUGCCAGAACAUACAAAGAUGCUGAAUCAAAAAAAAUCAGUUUAAGCCUGGAUGCUAAACAACAAAACAAACAAUUCAGGUUAACAAUGCUGGAACAGCAUCACGCCCACUGUGCAUGACAUAGUCCACAACAUCUGGAUUGACGAAGGUUGCUUACCUCUGUCUUCGAUCAUUGUAAUUCAUAAACAGGGCUAUACAAAGGACACAAGGUCACACAUUUAGGCUGGAAGAAAGGAGAUUUCAUCUGAGGCAAAGAAAAGGUUUUUUUACAGUAAGAGCAAUAAGGAGAUGGAAUUCUCUGCCUUGAAGAGGUGGUUUUGUCAGAGUCCAUACAGAUGUUUAAACUGCAAUUGGAUAAAUACUUACAAAAACAUAACAUACGGGGAUAUAAUUUAUAAUUAGUGGGGUAAUAGCUGCUUGAUCCAAGGAGACAUCUGACUGCUAUUUUGGGGUCAAGAAGAAUUUUUUUUCCUAGUUUGUGGCAAAAUUGGAAGCGCUUCAGACUAGGUUUUUUGCCUUCUUUUGGAUCAACAGCAACAACAUAUGUGAGGAAGGCUGAACUUGAUGGACGCAAGUCUCUUUUCAGCUAUGUAACUAUGUAACUAUGUAAUAUGGCAAAGUAUAGGUCAAAUGUCUGUUUUCCUCUGUCUGACAAAUUAGAUUUUAUUUUAGUUUUUUAAUUAUAUAUUUUACUCAAUACAUUCAUUUCAUUUUGAUGGCACUAAAUAGAUGUUGAUCUUAUAUGGAAUGCUAACUAGAUCUCUUUGUGACAAGAUCCUUAAACCAAAGGUUAGAAUCUAACCCACUUAAGAUUUGAGAGUAGGUCAUAUACCAUGUGGUAGAUCAUAAUGACUUUUUUUUUUAUUACAUGACCAUUAAUGACAAAGACUCACUUUUAUUUUGGUGCCUUUCAUUAAAAGUAUUAAAACUGUUAGCAAGCAUAAAUUUAAAAAGACCAUAAUGUGCAAUAUUGUCCAGAAGCAAUAUGUUUGCAGAAUGGGCAGUAAGAUCCAAGGCUGCCCUGUCCAUUAUCCAAAAGCAGUGAUCUAGCGAAACACCAUACAAAAAUCCCAUUGAAGAAUUAUAGGAAAAAAUCACGCCACAUUGUAAAUGCUGCCUCAAGUCUUGGAUACAUCUUCAUUAAAGCACAUCUAACCUAAAAAAAACAACACAUCUGGGGUCCCAAACCUUACUUAUUUUAUAAAAAAACAUAGUUUUCUCCUCCAUAAUUCCGAGAUCUUUUAUGUAAAUCAUUUAAUUUCCUUAGGAUACUGUGAAGAGGAGGCAGAUGAUACAAAUAGAACCUGGCAGACAUGUGAAUCCUUUCACCAUCGUUACCCUGCACUGGCCAAACCUUGUGAGCUACAAUAUUUCCUGGUCUUGUGGUAGGUACUUCUCUGCUUGUAUUAUCUGUGUUAUAUAUAUAUAUACCUGUAUCAUGCUUCCAGCGCACUCACCCACUCACAAAACACCAACUUUAAAUCCCACAAAAUGUAUUAUUUAAAAAAACACCUACAAACAUAAUGCAGGUUAGUUACAGUAUAUGAUCAUACAUUGCACAAACCUGCCACAACGUCAAUGUACCCCAUUUUUGUCAGGUCUUAUUCUAGCAACCUAACUAUAACGUUAGAAUACAAAUCUGUAUUCGUUAUAGUGUUCCUGUCCCUAGUAGAAUUACUAGCCCUGUUCGGCAUGAAGGGGUUAAAAACCCUUCAAUACUUACCUUCAUCCAGCGCAGAAGGUCCCUCGGUAAUGUUGACCUCUCCUCUCCAGGAGGCACUGUUUGGUUCAAUCCAAUUCUUUUUUAUAGAGGAACAUUGGGGACCUAAUGCGCAUGCACAGUGAGCACUGUACGCCUAUUCAAAAUUCCCAAUAGGAGUUCUACUCGGUCUGUGCACUGGAGCGCCUUUAGUGGCUGUCAGUAUGAGGAGUUAAUGUAUUGCAAUGCAUUGCAGUUUCUCAAAAAUGGCAAUAUUUUACAUUGUAGGGUUAAGGGGACAGGGACACCGUACCCAGACUACUUCAAUGACAUCAAGUGGUCUGGGUGACUAUAGGGUUCCAUCAAAUAAGGCUCUGGAAUGAGGCACCUGUUACAGGUUUCCUAUGGUUUCAUAUAUAUUUAAAUAUGAAACCAUAGGAUCUGCCAAAAAUGGAAUAUAUUGGCAUUGUGAUAGUCUUAUGCAAUAUACGAUCAUAUGCUGUAACCAAGUCCCCAAUAUUUUUGCCAUAUUAGUCAGAUGUUUUUUCAAAAAAAAUAUUACAUUUUGUGAGCUGUGAAACUGAUGUCUAGUGAGUGCAUUGGAUAUUCUAUGUUUUAAUUGACCCCACCAGCUCCCUUAUAAUGUAUGCAUAUUUAAGUGAGUGCAACCCUCUUGGUUUCAUUUGUCUUUGUCUGUCUGUCUGUCUAUCUAUCUAUAUAUCUCUCCAUACAAAGUCCCUAUAUUGACCAAUGAUUUAAUUCCAAAAUGCAACCUAGGUAUACAUCUUUUCUAUGAGCGUCCAAUCCAGAGAGACAGGUUGCUCAGAUGUCACAAUACAUAUUCGUGGCACUUCAACUUUCUUAUCUCUAAAGAAAAACUGUUCUAUAUCAAAAAAAAAAAAAUAACUGUCAUAUCCAUUGCAUCCUAGUGGUUCUUUAAAUGUUAUGGUAAAAAAAUUUACAUCAAAAACCUGUAUGUAAAUUCAUGAUUUCUGAUUACACUCUUUGCACAGGAGCUUGCUGGCCUGAAUGGUUUGACUGUGUUCAGCAGAAUGUAAUAUCCACAAACUUGCAGCAGGUUCUAAUUCCGAGAGACUGUCUUCCACCUCCGAGCACGGCCUUCACCAUCAAAGCUGAUGUGACGCUCAGUGACAUGGACUCUGUUCAGGAUGAACAGUGUGUUUAUGUGACGGCUAAACCCACACUCCAUCCCCAAAUCAGGUCUGGACAAGUCAACACAUUCUAAUUAACACCUUUUCAUUCUGAAUCACAAAAGAAAAGUAUCUUCUUGAUUUGCUCAAACUUAAUGGGAAUUAACGUACUAGUAUUAAGGGAUGACUUUUCUGGUUGUGUUAGCCAUUAUAAUACGAGGUCAAGGAAAAAGGUUAAAGAAUAAAAAUAGGUGGAAAAUAUGAGUAACCUGAAUCACUAGGAAAUCUUGAAAUUUGUUUAUAAAAUAUUUGAGUAUCUCUAAAUGUUGCUAGCCCUUUAUGUUGUUCUUUGCACUCUGACACUUCAUACUUCCUGUUUAAGUUGUAAGAAGAACUGCAAAGAAAUUAAUGUCAAUGAGGACCUGGAGUUCACUGCUUCUUGUGACAGCUGUAAAGGUGUGAAGUACAACUGGUAUAUCGAUGGCAAUUUCCCUGUGAAGGUUAGUUCUCUGAAUAUAAUCUAAAAUCUUAUCCGUAAAGCCUCACUCACCCUCAUUUAUACUCUAGUUAUGAUUACCAACCUGUAGGGUUUCAUUUCUGUGUAAGAAGCCAGUAGUCACUAGUAUAAUGUCUGCAAAUUUGCUGAAAAUGUCAGCUCACCCCCUGCUUUCAAACAGUACAUGAAGUUUUAAUUGAUCAUAUUAUUCCAACAGUCAGCGAUAGGGAAGGAGCGAAUGGACUUUACCAUUUCACUGCUGGCAUUACUUAACACUCCAGAGACUGAUAAAGACUGCUAUAGCAGUUUUAAAUACCUUUAUUUUAGUAAUGUUUGAUUUAUCUGUAUUUACUGUAUGCAAGCAUCGUGCUCAAAUGCAGACAUUCUUUUUACAUUGUCCCACUUUAGUUCCCUGGUGUACCAUAUCUGGAUGCCUACUCUGCUUAGGAAAAUCAUUCACUAAGCAGUGCAUUCUAGAAUAUUAAAUCAGAAUUGCUAAAUUUAGGCUAAAGUAGCCAAAAAUGUGACUAUAGCCGAAUUGGAAAAUAUUUCAAAAUUAGCUAUUUUGCUAUUAGGAUUUAGUUUGCUAAAAUUUAAUAACCCUUAACACGCAAUGAGUAAAAUUGUGAGAAAACAAAAUUGUAAAAAGGUAGAUUCUUCUUGCGGAGCCUGACUUUUGAGCGGACCAGACGUGCUCAACACCAGCUCCUGCGUUAGGUACCGAAUAUCGGGGCAUACUGCCUGACCACUUGUUCCUGCAUAAUUAUUGCCUGGGGGAUGACACUGAAACCGAAGAUACCUUGCACGGGCUUCCCCAGCCCUUGAACACGCAUUGGAGGCUUGCGGCCUAAGCGAGUAUAGGCCAAUGAGAGGCGGACGCUCUCCUGGCUCUAGAGCUAUGCUUCCCUCCAAAAUGGAGGACGGACCUUCCUCAUCCGAGCAGCGAAUGUUGCCAUCUGAAUCAGCCCCACAGGCUGGAUUGGAGCAUAUGCUGCACCGCUUGGAUGAGCUCUUUACUGGACGCAACUCGUAUUGGAGCUGGAAGGGAGCACAUCGAGGAGAUGAUGGGAAUGUGAUGUGUGUACCCCAUUCUAGGUGCAAGUACCCAAAAAGCUACUGUAUCUCGCAAACAGGGCCGAUUGGGGUACUCACCUACCGCAUCAACCACGAAGGCAAAAGACCCUUUGCCGCAGGCUGCAUCAGACCACCAGAGUCUUUUGUCACAACCCAUCAGGGAAGGACUUGGACUCUGCCACAAGCCCCAGAGUCUGUGGUUUAAUAAUGCAGGCCCUCAACACGACCUGGGGAUUGAAGGAUUCCGCACAGUGCCCUUGCUUUGUAACGCCUCCGGGCUGCCUUUGCCUGUUUCCGAAUCUCAUUGUGGACUGAACAUAUCAACCUGGAUACAGGACUGAUAACACCUUGCCUGCCAAAUAUAACACCUACCGACAUGAUCCUGUCUUUAUGUUGAAUAUCUGCACAGUUUACUAGUGUCUAUUCUGUAAGAGUGUAAAGCUCCUAAGUAGCGAUUAUGCAGUCGUAUUCAUGAUAUAUUUUCACUCUAGUGCAGCCAUCACGACCAUUAGCGUUUACCUAGCACAGUACCUUGCAGUUUCAGGGAGAGUAGUCUCAGUGGUUCUCCCAUCUUGUAUACCUAGCGAGGUGCGCAGCAUACACUCUUUCCUAAGCAUAGAACUAUCACUACUGCUACACUGUUUAGCCUGAUAAUGCAUGCAUAGUGUAACAUGAUGGAUGCCUGAUUUUCCUAGAGAUUCCUUACAAUUAGACAGACAAAUCACCGCUAACACUAUUAGUUUAACCUGCAAUGUUAUAUAGUGUAAUAUUCUAAAAAAAAGAGGCUGUUCCUCACUGGAGUUUAAGUACCGAUGUUGUCUAUUCUAUACCAUGUAUACCAUGUGUUUUAUAUGCUAUAACUCCCUGAUUUACAUUCUGUACUGUAUUAUCUCAUGCCUCAAUAAACACAAAGAUUGACAACAAAAAAAAAAGAUUCUUCUUGAUCUCUUCAAUAUAUCACAAUUGACAGAAAUGAAAUGAAGUACCUGAUUUCACAAUGGCACUGGUUACAAUGUUUCCACAGCCUCAAACUGUUACCAUAACACUAGACUCUAACGCUGCGUAUACAGUAUAUUAUUAGAGUUUGUGUAUAAUUGUGCCUUUUUUAUCCCUGUGGUGCGCUGUACAGCAUACUCAUGUUGGAAAUAUGUUGCCAAAAUAUUUUAUCUGCAUCAAGUUUAUUAAAAAAUACCCCGAUUUUCUUAUUCUCAGACUGUUCCACUUCCUGCGGCCUGUAACCUGCGUGAUUUCAGACGGAAUGCCUUGAUACUGCUGCAAAGUAACACUUCUGAUCUUGUGCUCAACAGCACUUUCCUGAAGAGCCAAUCGGAAGCUGCCUUUAGGAUAAAGUUGAUAGGUAGGUAGUCACUCAUGGGUUAAAAGUUGGGCUUGGUAGAGGUUUAUAGUACUUACCUUGCAGGAAUUUUACCACAAAUUCUUUGUGCAAUAAAUAAAGCAGGGCUUUGUUGAAUGACUUGAAGAAAGGGUUUCGAAGGGGUGAGUUUCUCAAGAAUCAAAAAGGGAUACUUAGGAGGUCAUUGAGCGUGAUAAGUAUAAACUUCCCUUAUUUUCCACUCAGUCUCUUCCUCUUAUAUUGAAGUGCAUUAUUUUCUUGUUCAAGGGAACCGAUAGUCCUGAAAAUAACAAUCAUUAUUUCGGGACUAUAGGUUACCUUUUGUCCACUCCUCUUUGCAGUGUAAAAAUUAAGUAAAAUAAAUAUUACUCACCCCGUUUCCAGUGCCAGGACUCUGUUGCAGUCUCCAGUUCCGCCUCUGGUGAUGUCAACAAGCAUGCUGAUGUCACCCGCGAUCUCGUCCAAUCCAGGAGAGCGGAGUUAUGCCACGCAUGCACUUUCCAAUUCAAGCGAUGGAUUGGAGAGUGCAUGCGUGGCAUAAUGCCACGCUCCUCCAAUCAAAUGUUGCUAUCAGCAGCAUUUGAUUCCUAGACCGAAUGGUCAUGGGGAAGACAGCAACUAGAGGUAGACUGAACCCUGCAAAGAAAACAUUGCAGUUUCUACAAAACAAAAAAAAGACGAGAUGAAGUGGUCUGGGUGACUGCAGUGUUCCUUUAAAGGGACAGCUAUUCUGUUGCGUGCAAAAAAGCACUUUACAUUAUGUCCAAAUAGAAUAAAAGGCAAUUUUAAUCAAUUUGAAGGAGUACAGCAGUCGAGUCUUGCAUUCAGGACCCGAUGCUGGUGGUGCAUUGUAUGUCUAGUGGGAGGCGAACGCACCUGUCUGCUCUCUCAUCAGGUAGGAUCAUUUGUUGUUUUUUUUGUCAUUUAUAACCCUUUGCAACUUCACUAUUAGAUUUCUAAUAGUUUUAGGCCUUGCUAUCACUGAUUUUUUGCAACUUUUACUUUGCUAGACUUUUCUAAGGACUCUAAUUGUAGUUUUAACUUUGUUUCAAACUCUGGAAAAAUUAUAUCAGUUAUAAAUUUGUUGAUCAUUGCAAUUUAAUUAUCUUAUUUCUUAUUUAUCUUUUCAAGUUCUUCAGUCAUAUUUAACCACAGGUUCAGUGAAUUUCAUGGAACAUGAUGCAGUAAUACAUAUUGUACAUUCCCACUCUUUUUGGAAAAUCAUCUCAACAUAAAUUAUAUGUAGACCUCUGGGAAUAACUUAUUUUUCUAUAUCUCCCAACCUACUGCCAUUUGACUUUUGUAAAGUUUUUUUUUUUCUAACUCACAAAAAGCAUUCAUGUUCUUUCUUCUUUUUACCUUUGUUAUCAGUUUAAUUGCUCAUCAUUAGGGUCUAGACCAUAACUGAGACACAAAGCCAUUUCUCACAUCUACAGGGUGCCAUACCUCAUUUACAAUGCUUAGGAGAGCAAGUAGAAAUCAUCAGGGUUUCUGUACCUCAAGACAAAACGUGAAUAUGUGGUUUUCUGUUUGUUUGAUUUUUAGCCAUGAAUUCUGAAGAGUAUGGAGAAGAGACAAUGAUCAUUAGCACACUGCCCGCUCCAGAGGUUCCGAGCUGCUCUAUACAUCCCAGUGAGGGUUCCGUUCUAACCAGAUUCCAGAUCUCCUGCUCUUCUCCAUGUUCUUUAACAGGUUCCUGCUCCAAGGAUGAGCGAAUGACUCUUACCUAUUGCAUCUUCCCAAAGCCAAGUAAGCCUCCUAUGACCAAUAGACAUCUGAGUCUAGAUCUUCAGCAGUGUUCCUCUGUGUUUGGCACAUGUGUUCUAAUGUAUUCCUAUUAUGGCAGGGCUUGAGAAAUUGCAUAUAUUUUUUCCACGUGGAAUGUGCAGUAUUUGUCUCUUCUCUGGCUAUGAAAAAAAUAGAGUGGUUAAGUAGACAUUGCUCUACUUAAUACUAGUAUAUGACAUCUUUAUGAACACUUGAUUUCCCACUCAAGUAAGUAUAUUGUGCUACCGAGUAUGAUGUAUAAGGUUCCCUGUUUUUGUGUCUGUGUCCUUUAGCAUAUAGUUUUUGAAAACUAUUAUGAUUCCUGGAUUUCUGAACAGAAUUUGUGAGCUUAGGUGAAGAUGCUCUAAAGACUGUCACAUCAUGUAUCCCAGCCUGACACAGGAUGUUUUAAUAUAUUGCAUAUGUUAUCAGGUCUUCUUCGGCAUGUUGCAUUUGCUAUAAGGCCAAUUCAAUGUGUUGCUUACCUAACUCAACUUCAUUUGCAUCAUGAACUCUCUAGUUAAUAUUUAGAAGUCUGUCAGUUGGAUCGUGUUUAUAUUGUAAAUGUAGACCAUAAAAAUGAUUUUUUGAUCUCCCUGCCAGCACAAGGAGGCCAAGUAAGAAUCAGAGCUCCAUCCUGCUCUUAUGUCCCUUCAAGUGGCACUUAGAGCAUAUGCCAUGUCUGCUGUACCCCUAGGUACAUCACCAAAUGUCCCAUAACCUAAUUAUACUUAUCAUGAAGCCCAGGAAAGAUUCCUAGUAGUGUUAGUUCAGCUAAAAGCUGUCACAAGUAUAAAGAUGCUAAACUGAAGUACCAUAAUGACCAGCUGUGAGGAGGAGGUUGUGCACAGGGAGGAUUUUAAUGUGCAAGACAGACACCCCCAUUUUCCUGUAAUCAAAGCAGCUCUGAGCUAAACUUACUGUUUAAAUUCCAUAGACCAGAUGAAGAGGCUGCUGAUUGGCCAAGAUACUUCUAGAAGUGAAAAGUCUGUUUUAAUCUUUUUUUGUAGAUUGCAACACUAACUCAUUUGUGAACUACAAUUAAAGAUGCAAAAUAAAUACACCUAACAUAGCUGUAUGUUCUUUCCUCUAAAUAACAGAGAGUGACCUGUGCUCUUCCAUCACGUAAUGUGAGGUUGUUUCAGGCCAUGGAUCAAGGACCUCAUUGUAGAAAUUAACUUGUAUUUAUUUGUGGGAAUUUCACCAAAUGAACUAGGAGUCAUAUGAUGUACAUUUGUGGUGGACAAAUAACAGUUGUCACGUAAAUCAUUCUUGCAACUAACAAGUAUUUUAUUUUGUUCUCUUUAGACUCACAGCUGUAUUGUGGCCCAAGUCUAGAUUUUCCGUCAGUUUAUCUGCCUCUGGGAGAGGAAGAACAUGACUUUGUAGUAAACGUUACCGUUCUUGUUACAUCCAACUUUGGGCAUUCAGUCAACACAACUGUGAAAGCUAAGGUGAAGUAUUACUCUUUACUAAAAUGUGACAUCUGUAAAAUAAUUACACUGAUUUGAAGUGGUUAUGGUGCUUGGAUACAAUAUGUGCAGAGUUUCACUAUACAGGUGCAACUUCAACCUCAGCAGUCAUUGGGGCAUCAUUAGCUAGCCUGGAGCAGGAGUUCGAGGCUUGCUAUUGUCAGUUCUGCACAUGUUUGGUGUCUGAUGUAAGCACGCACAGCAUGCUAGUGACAGACAGCCAAUUGGGACACCCCUACUGCCUAUGUCCUCACCUCAAUCCACUGUCCCUGACAUCCACCCUGUUCCAGCACCGUCAAUAGAGGUGGAUCGGGCUGCUGGGAGAUCUUCACCUUAGUGCUGGAACGUAGGUGCAUUUGAGCUAUUUGGGUUAUGGAUCCCCUUGUUAAAAAAAAUAAAUAAAAAAAAUUAAAAGUUGCAGAAAGCACCUAAAUGUACCUAAUCUUGCACUGAGACAACCUCUCUCUGCUCCCUGAUCUAUCCACUUUGAGAACAUGAUUUGUGAUCCAAUGCUUUUCAUAAAAUCAGCCAUUAGAGGCAUGUGUCCCUAACAUUGCCGUAUCUCAGAAAACGCAACUUUGAACAUUAUCCAGAAAAAAGAGACCGCAUCUCUGCAUCAAAACCAAUACAUUAAAAGGACACUCUAAGAACCAUAAUCACAUCAUCUCAGUGAAAUAGUAUGGAUUACCUGUCUACUUUAAACAUGUGAAAUAUCAAAACAUAUCUCUUUUAUACCUUCCAGGUCAAACAUGAUGAGACAAACGCUAACAGACAAAUCCUGGCAUCAUAUGUGGCCGAGAAUUCACGUAACAUUUUGAAAAAGGGACCUACUGGUUCUUCAUUAAUCCAGCUAUAUAAAUCAGUAUCUUCUGUCCUAAAUCAGGAGAUGCCCGCAUUCAGACAAAAUUCGUCAUGGCAAAGAGACAACAAUAAAGAGGUUUGUCCAAUUUGCAGACAGAGAUCGCUAAGUUAUGUUUCUUUGUAGUUUAUUAAUUAUUGGUUUAAAUCUCUUUUAUAUUACUUUAUGGAAGUCAUGUAAACAGCAAUGUUAAACUGCUGUCUAAUAUUUUAAAGCGUGUUUUUUCACACCUCAUGCAGAGUUCCGGGCUCCUUGCUUUGUGUUUUCUCUGUGUACAUCUGCAGCUGCUGUUUGCGGCUUCUUGGUAUAUUCUCUGUAUUUUGUAAUCAUUGUGAUAUAAUAAUGCAUGUACAAGCGAUGGUGAUGUUCAUAAAUAAGGAUCUCCUAAAAAUAAAGAAAAUCUGAAGCAGAAAUCAUCAGAUGAAGAUAUUUCAUUUAAAAGAGCUCUGGUACACACCUCUGUGAAGGAUAAAAAGGAUGCUUUUAAAACCGUGGCCAGCAAAAUAAUAAAAUAAUCGGGGGACAGAUAAUUGUUCACCACCCUGCCAGGGACGUAUUAGCCACGAGGCAAACAAGGCAUUUGCCUUGGGUGGCAUUUUCCAGGGGGCGGCAAAAAAAACCACCCCCAAAUGCCCAGGGCAAAUGUCUUGUUAGUCUUGUGGCGGCACUGGCGAGGGAGCACUUUCCCCUGAGCUCUCUGCUCAGCUCCCUUGCGCGCCGCAGAGUGAUGCCGGGAGCCGGAAUAUGAUGUCAUAUUCUGGCUCCCGGCAUCACUCUGCGGUGCACAAGGGAGCUGAGCAGAGAGCUUACUAAGCAGUGCUCCCUCGCCAGUGCCGCCCGCCCAGCAGCCCAGCAGCCCAGCAGCGCAGCAGCCACUGGACCCCAGGGAAAGGGAGAACCAACCCCCCCCCCAGCAUUCCCAAAGGUAAGGAGGCUGGGGUGGUUGAAUAAAAAAAAAAAAAAUGUGAGUGUGUUAAUGUAUGUUAGUGUGUGUUGGUGUGUGUGUGUCUGUUAGUGAGUGUGUGUGUCUGUUAGUGUGUGUGUUAGUGUAAGUUAGUGUGUGUGUUAGUGAGUUUGUGUGUCUGUUAGUGUGUGUGUGUUUGUGUGUGUGUUAGUGAGUGAGUGUGUGUCUGUUAGUGAGUGUGUGUGUCUGUUAGUGUGUGUGUUAGUGUAAGUUAGUGUGUGUGUUAGUGAGUUUGUGUGUCUGUUAGUGUGUGUGUGUUUGUGUGUGUGUUAGUGAGUGAGUGUGUGUCUGUUAGUGUGUGUGUUAGUGUGUUUGUGUCUGUGUUAGUGUGUGUGUCUGUGUGGGAGUGUGUGUCUGUUAGGGAGUGUGUCUGUUAGGGAGUGUUUUUCUAUGUAUGUGUCUGUUAGUGAGAGUGUAUGCGUGUCUGUUAGUGAAUGUGUGUGUCUGCUAGUGACUGUAUGUGUCUGUUAGUGAGUGUGUAUGUCUGUUAGCUAGUGUAUGCGUGUCUGUCAGUGAAUGUGUGUGUGUGUAUUUAGAAGGCAGGGCAUGGGUGAAGGGUGGGGUGGCUCAAGGGGGAGGGGAUGCCUGAGUUUUGUCGUGUCUAGGGCAGCACAAAACCAGGAUACACCAUUGCACCCUGCCCCCACCUAUGGUCAGUGGGUGGGGGAGGGCUAGUGUCCUAUACAUGGGUGGCGGGUGGGGACUAUUAUCUUAAUAACCAGGGAGUACCUAAUGUCCACCCAUGAGUGGAGACUUAUUUAAUAAUCAAUGCUACUGUACACCCUCUCCCAGCCCUGGGAAUCGGGCGGGGGUAUUAAAUGUGAGAAGGGGGAUGGACAUGCAAUUGUCCACCCCCUAAAGUUGGGGCCAAUUCUCUUUCUCACCUGAUUGGAAAAGGGUUCCCUAAGCUAUUAGCCACCCCAAAUAAAAAUUGUUCCACUUAAACCCUUCACUCUAAUAAUAGUGAGGACAGGCAAUACAUUUAAUACAUGUAAGAGAAAAAAGUAUAAUUGCCUUUAGAAGUAUUCUUUUCUUUAGCCACCAUGAAAAGGCCCAAAAAAGAUGGCUUGCCAUGGGGUCAUUACCCGCCAUGGUUGCUAUGUUUAUAGCCUCCUCCUGCCAUCUUACCCUGCCAUUUAAUGAGUAGCCUCCAACUGAGAACCAUGCCUCACCCACUGGCCAUGGUUGAAGACAGGGAGGUGGACAGUGAUCUAUCCACCACCCAUUUUGUCAUUUAAAGUCCACAUUUGAUGCCCAUGGGUGGUGGCACAGGGUUCCAAGUCCCCCUUGUUAUUUUAAAAUCCAGACCCAGAUUUGAAACACCCGGGCCCAGAUUUCAGCUAUCCGGCAGCUUUUGUUCGGCUUAAAUCUGAACCAAAUUCAGGCUUGUUCAGUACCUGCAUUGCAAAAUCCAGACCUUGUUAAAUGGCCCGUACAACAACGGGUGGUUUUGCCCCAUUCCGUAUGGUACAACGUGGACUUUAGUGAAAAAUCCUGUAAGUGUUAUCGGGUAUCACAUAAUGGUAUAGAACUUGUGCAGGAAACUUCCCAGAACUAUUUAUGGCAUUAUAUUACAGGUGUAUAUCACCCCACGGUCCCACCGUCCCACUGAAAAAAUACUUUUCAUUACCUUCUAUACUAGUAAAUGUCUUCCAGGCAUGUUCCCUUGCAUUCAGUAGAGUAAUGCAACCACAUAGAACAGUCAUAGAGUAUAUAAUUUAAUUAUGCCUAAAAACAUUUUUCAUGUUGUAGAAAAUGUCCAUGGGCUUUGGAUCUGGAUGAGAUAUUUUUGUUUUGUUUCGUAUUUAUUUUUAUGACAGAAAAAAUCAUUAUGCAAUAUGCGUAAACACGUAGUGUGUGUGAUAUCCUUUUAUACAGCAGGGCUUAGCAUGUGGGUAUCAUCACUUCACUAGAUAAACAGAAUUUAAAAAAAAAUCGUUAAAUCAAAUAACAGAGGUCAAAGUUUUCACUCACACAACUUGACAAACACCCUGUUGUGUUUCCACACGGGUACAUUGCCUUGUACUCGUGAUUUAAUAGAAUAAAAAUUAAUUUUGGAUAUCUUACCCAGUGUGUAGAGAUUCUGUAUAUUGAAUUUAUACUCGAAUGGAUCAUUUCCAUAAGUUCUGAUGGAAAGGUCCUGUAGUGUAGAGGUUUCUUUCUAAAACAAGCAGGUUCAUAGCUUACAUUUAUACUGUGCUUAUCAACUGAAUAUUAUAGUCACAAUCAUAACAAUUCAUCAGAGAUAAAUUUUGAAGAGUACCCCCAUUACACUAAUCAAGAAGAUGGGCUAGUUCUAAAUAAUUGGCCAAGAGAGCCAUUUAACUCAAAGUUGCAGCAAGAACAUCUUCUUAAAUCACUGUAACUCCUUUGUUUCUUUAGUUACGAGAGAUAAUGCUGACAACUCUGUCUGCUGUAAAUGUCACAUCUCUGCAAACCGCUCUUGAAAUGUCUGAGGUGCUGAAGGACCUUACUUGGAGGAGUGAAGAGCUCUCUGCAUCAGCUCAGGUGAGGACAAUAUCCAUAGAGUCAUACUCUGAAUUUCAGACAUGGUGUUGCCAUGUAUAACAAAGGGUAAGGAUGAACGAGAAGACACUGUGGUGGCCGAUGUCACCCUUAUAUGCACCUUAUCAUGUCCACGCACAUUUCCCUUAUAAAUCUGUUUACAUCAUGUGUGUACUCAAAUUCACAUUUUUGUGUCUGGCUAUAUGUAUGUGAAUAUAUAUGAUUGUGAAUUGUGACUACCUAUGUGUUAUGUUGAUAACUUCAAGGUCUAUUCCCAUCACUAAAGCCCCAGAGGCUAAUAAUCACCAAUAGGUGUGGAAUGACUCUCUCUGGAUCUGCUGCUAUAUUUUCUUGGACAAUAGACUGCUGAUGAUUUAGAAGGCCUGGUAGAUGCUGGAUCUGGACUAUGGACCAGUAUCGAUGGACUUACUCUCUACUUAAACUCUCACAACCAAAAAGAAGGAAGGGGAAUCUGAAGUUGUGCAACUCACUAGGGGUUUGCUCAGCUUGUCCCUCGUGGUUGACAGAAGAGGUCUGAUGGGGUCUGCUGUACGUUAUGUAGUAACAUUGUAUCAACUGCCUGAGAGGUAAUACGAUACCCCCAGGGAAAAAAAACUUUGUAACCUAUAAGCAUCAAGCAUCAUCUUUAUAUGUUAGAAUAUUUUUGGGGGUUUUUCCUGCAGUGCUAAGAGAAUGUUGUAGUAAAUUAUUUAUACAUUUAGGGAAUGGAAUACAGUAGACAUUUCAGAUUUCCAAUACAAGCACAGUUGUAAAAACAUAUUUUUAAAAAGUGCUAAUUUAUUAUUAUUAUUAUUUUAUUUUACGGUUACUAUGUCCUAAGUACCAUAAGCACUACAGCUCUUGCAAGAAAUCUCUGGAUGUAUCUCCUGUUUUUUUAGUGGCUUCAUAAACCUAAACUGACCUCUGCUUGCAGACAAAACCCUGCCAUGAUCUCAUCCAAAGGACAUGUUGGGUACCAGGAAAGAUUGAUGGAAUCUGAAUACACCUUAGAUCAGAACUACUACAGCUGAGUGCAGUGGUUAUGGUGUUUGGAGUGCUGCCUGCCUUAGAUGGCAGAAUCUCUGGUAAUCACACAAGGGAAAUUAAAAAUGAAACCCCCAUCAUUAAAGUGAUGGUGCUUUAAAGGUUUAAUGUUUUUAGCAUUAACCUCGAUUGGAAGUAGCGAUGGACUAUAGCUAUUGGAAAAGUGCUCCACCUGCUGUUGCUGUAAGGAGUGCUGGAUUAUUAUUUACUCCCAGGAGCAAAAUCUUUAAUCCCCUCCAUACAGCAAUUGGAAUUUACUUAAAAAUUAUAUACAUUCUGAGCGGCAUUUCAUUGCAGUUACAGAGUUAGAAAAGCUGCAGAUGUCAGUGCGGUCAGACUAUGAAAACACACAGAAAUAAAACUAUUUAAUUGCAUAUUGCAGCCUUGGACACUGGUACCUCGCUGUGAUUACUGCAAGUAUCAAUUUAAACAAUAUAUUGUAUUAUUAUUAUACAGUUAAUGGUUCCAAUGUGCUCUACUCUGAGCACAGAGAGGGAGGAAGAAGUAAGAACAAUGAUUCUGUCCUGGUAAUUCAAUGAAGUCAAAUGUACUGAAUGAGGCCCGUUUAUUAAGUAGCCACCACAUGCUUUUCUCAAUAUAAUUAAUAGUCCCUACUCAGGGUCCACAGUUAGGGAGAGGAAUGGGGACCAGGUCGCCCCCUAUUAUUUUUUACAGGCCCUCUCUACCAUGGGAUGGGGUUUUUUUAGUGACUGGGUAGCAAUGCACUUGGGGACAUAGGGAGUUUUAAAACGUCCUUAAUAGUAGUAUGGUGGUUUUAUUGACCCCCAAAACUUUGUUUUUUUUAGACACCCUUUUAAUGCAGUUUCAACAUGGUUAACCCUUGCCCUGCUAAAGUUUUUUUUUAACUAUUUGCGUGCUUUUUGCUAGUGCGAAAAGCAAUUGCUUUCACUAAAGUUCAACUAAAAUUUGUAUUUAGUCUCUAGUCAUUAUAAAAUUGGUCCUUUGUACAUUUUCCAAAUACUAUACUUACUAUCAAUAUAAAGCACUGAUUUGCAAUCAGAAAAAAGAAAAAAAUGCAUCCAGCAAAUAGGUGGCCGCCAAGGGCUCUGCUUAAAGGUGGGCGCUAGCGGCGACUUUGCUGCACAUUUGGGCUGCCCCUCUAUCAAGCUGGAUUCAUUAUUUAGAGUGUGCUGCUGACCAUGUUACCGGGCACUAGAGAGCACUUACAUGGCUGCUGACUGGCGCCCAGUAGUGUCUGAUAUCCACAACAGCUAGCAAAGCCAGGCCCCCCUCAAAGACAUCCACUUGUACAAGGAUGCCUUAUUUGCUGCUCCCACCACUUGCCCUGUACGCGCGGACAAGGGGUGGUUGCAUAGCGGGAAUUGGGGCUAUGACUGGGAGACUGAAGUUCCCCUAGAAAGCCAGGCACACUGAAGAUGCCUAAAACACAUGAACAGCAAACUGAUAUGUGAAAUGAAGGCAAGAGAGUUAAUGGGACCUCGCUGUGUGUGUGUGUUUCAGAGAAUCUGUGUCAGUCUGCUUCAGUCAAUAUGUUUGUGUAUGUCAGUCUGCUUGGGUCAGUGUGUGUCUGAAUGGAUCUGUCUAUGUCUUCAUCGAUCAGUGUGUGUCUGUAUGUGUGUGUCUGCAUGAGUCAGUGUGUGCCCAGAUGGGUCAGUGGGUGUCUGCAUGGGUCAAAAAUCCUUGCACCAGCACUGCCAGCUAACUGGUGCAAAUUUGUUUGGGCUAACUGAAUUCUGACUGGAAUUAGUUUUAGUAAAUUUCCAAAUUUCCAUUUCAGUCAGAAUUUGACCAGAUUUUUUUUCAUCUGGACAACAUCUCAAUUUAUUGAAUUACCCUGUGUAUCUCCUCCUUCAAUGUAAUGUGUUUCCUGGAAGUGCGUGGAUUAAACUGGACAAUGAUGUCAAUCGCUAAAUCAUUAACAUACAUUUAUAUAUAAACAGAGCAUCACAUGGAACAUAUUAUAAGUAAUGUUUAAUGUUUUCAAUGUUUUAUUCAGUGCUGUAAUUAGCAGAGAAGUGAUUGUAUUAGUUUAUGAUCUUCUACUCUCCAUUCAAGGUGGAAGCCAGCGGUUCUUUGAAGGAUGUCAGUGGGUCCUUAUUGACUAUGAGUGAUGAAUCAGACCAAACAAGGAAAGAUGCUGUAAAUCAUCUCUUUAAUGCUGUCAGCAAUGUGCUAGAAGCCACUGCAAGCAAUGGGAGCUCACAUAUGGCGGAGCCAGGAGGUGCGCAGGUAAUUUCAUAUAUAGUCUUAAAUAUCACUGAGGCAGAUUUAUCAAGGAAAAAGCAGUGAAAUUAGGGGCAAAGAUACAAUGUAAUCACCAUGGAAACAGAAUGACUAUCAACAUAUUGCACUUUGCACCAAAUAGAGCACUUGCUUUGCCUUGAGUAAUCUCAUUCAUAAUUAUUUGUAUAUUAAAACUGUACCAUUCCAUUCAGGGCUGGAUUUGCCACAAGGCUACCAAUGCCAUGGCCUCUAAGUGACAGGCAAAGAUCUCCCUCACUUGCCAGCCCAUUCUCCUGUGUCUCCCUCGCCUGUAUUAUAUCUAAGCAUUGCUGCAGCACCACUCUGAUAUAUUCUCUCUUUCCUGUCUGUAAGCAUCAGGAAGAAGGGAAUACACUUUUAUACCACCCCAGUCACCCCAGUAUAGCCCCAGUCACCCCACUACAACCCCUGUCAUCCCAUUUCAGCUCUGGUCACCCCACCAUAAACCAUGUCACCCCACUACAGCCCAUGUCACCCCACUACAACCCUUGUCACCUCACUACAGCCCCUGCCACCCCAGUAUAGCCUCUGUAAAAUACUCCCUUAUAAACAACUCAAGGAAACAAACUGUUACUGUGUAGUCCCUCAAUAGAUACAGUACUGUCAAAAAUAAAGAAUUGUUACUUAAUCUGGACCUCUGAACCUCUGAAAGUUGCAAAAAAAUACAGUAUCACUGCAAAGGUGCAUAACUCAAAUGAAAUAUUGUCUUUGAAGCUGUGACCCCCACAGAGGUCAGAUGACAGAAGGGGUAAUGUAAAUUGCAUAGGAUUGUGAAAAGGGAAAGAUGUAUCCUGUGAUUAAUCAACAGCUCUGCAAGGUGUUCGAUUCUACACUUGAAAAGCCUGAAUGUCUGGCUUCAGCCAUAUGGCCUGUACUUCUUAAUUGAUGGGUCUAUCUCUUUGAUAUGUUAAUGGCCAUUAGCCUUGUUCCAGUAUCAUAUCCAAAAGAAAAUAACAUUAAUAUUUACCCACAGAAUAAUAAUUAAGCCUCAGUUUUGUUAUAUUUGGAAUGUGACGAGUGCCAUCUCCUAAACAAGCCCAAACACGUCUGGCAUAACUUAACCAGGAAGGAAUUGUGAUGUCCACUAUAUUGGGUAGUGUAUGACAUAUCUAUGGAAUGGAAAAAUAAUAACAAAUUUGUAGAUGCAAUUAUUAGUUCAGUGGCAGAUACAUAAGAGAAGAUAGAACCAAAUGUUUCCAUUUGGAUUGAUUUGGGUCUGGACACAAGGGGGUGGUCACUAUACAUACUCCUUAACUCCACCUCUGGGUAACAUGUGGUAAUCCACAGGGUAUAUCUCUAGUGAUACUGAAGUGUGCUUGGUACUUGCUUGAGGGGCAGAAUCUAAUUCUAAGUGAGUCACCAUGUUUCCUACCAGAGACCCCCUGUGGCAGAAGUAUUUACUUUGAAGAGCUGAGUAAGUGAUUAGGACUUUUAUUUUAUCACUUUUCUUCUUAUCUGAUGUUGGUGUAAAUCAUUUUAAUUGUCAUUUAUAUUUUUGUGUGCGCUGUGACUAUUUUUUGAUCAUAAUAAAUAUUCCUUUAUUUAGUUCUGCCUUUGUCUGGUAAAGAAUCACGUUACCUGAAGAGACUAAUUAGUAUUGUUGCAAUUCCUUGAAUAUUGUGCUUAGUUAUAUGUGGUGGGUUUUUAUUAUUGAAUUACCUGGGGGACCCAGGCACCCCAUUUAUAAAUUGUCUUGGUGGUCACAGCGCUAAAAAAGUAAUAGUUAUAUUAUUAUGCUUAACUGUGGGUGGUUUUAAAAGGGAUUUUGUCAUUAUUUCCGGUCUAGUGCAGAUAAAUAGUGAACUUUAACUCUUUCACCGCCACAACUACGUCACGCACACUCUUGAAGUAGGGUGCGUUCGUGACAUACAGUAGGUUAAAAUAAAUGUAGGUCCUCCUCUGUAGAUAGGUAGUGUGCACCUUAGACAAACCAAAAAGGGGGAUGGAGAGUAUAGCUUACACGUUAUUAAAUGAUUGAAAAUCAGAAGUAGAAACCCUCACAUUAUUAAUUGGUGAUGGUAUCAAAAUCUACUCACAAAUACAUAUAUUACAAUAAAAACCUUCAAACAGUACUCCAGUGGGUGGUCAUGGUGAUCACCCAGUCGAUGCAGCACUGACUGAGACUGUCAGUAGACCAAAUGCAACUGGCUGUCUCACCACUACCACAUAAUGUGCCAUGCAAUCUCUUUUUGUUUCUCUCUUCAGAAUACAGUGUCACUCCAUCUUCUAAGCGCAGUGGAAAAUCUGCAGAGUGCGUUGCUAAUUGGGAAACUGCCAGAUAAUGAGCCCAUAAUCCUGACUACACCCUCUGCUACCAUGUAUAUAAACAGGUGGGUGAAAAGAAUACAUUGCUAAUUUAUUGAAGCAACCACACAAUUGUAAAAUAUUUUGACAUGUGGUCUCUGGCUCAUCCUAUUUCCCUUAGGUCAUUAAUUAUUCAAUUAUUCAAUGCUUUCCUAUGGGGAAAAUCUGACGCCGAAGGUCCGUAUGGACGUCCAGCGUCAGAUAAUGGACCAAGGUCCGUUUGGAUUCCAGAAGCCCUCAAGUGGCUGUCUGUUGAACAUUGCGGUACUAAGUGCAAAAGGGUCACAGCACCCAGACUACUUCAAUUAGCUGAAGUGGUCUGGGUCCUACACUGUACCUUUAAAUGAUGCUGGACGUCUUCACACUCUGAAAUCCCCAUAGGAGAGCAUUAAUUCCCUCCAUUGGAUGACAUUGGACAAAUUUAGAUGACUUACUAACAACAAUGUAUUUAAGAACAAUGUAACAUAUGUGCACUGACUAAUUUCUAGUUCAUAUUUAUUGUCGUUCGAAGACACAUUACUGCGAGUAUUAUUGCUGUGGAGCUCUGUUAUACACUCAGACACUGCAACAAUAUGGAGCUUUUAGAAAAGAGGGACUGUAGGAUUUAGACCAAAAUAGGGACCUCCUUAAUAGGGACACUUGGGAGGUAUGGUUGACUGUAACUGCUUGGGGUAAAGAUGGUAAAAAUCUUAACAGGAAGGAAACCAGACAGAACCACUUGCAUUUACAAUUACGGUAAGAAGGUUGAGAAGACUUGUUUAUGUAACGCUUUCUUGUUAAAUAUUAUCAAUUUCGAAAGCACACUGUAAAAUAAUCAGACAUCGUAGAAACACUAUCAUAUUAAUCAUCUUCCUUGAUAUGGGACCAGAGAAGUUUAAAUCCUCCUAUCUAACUGAGAGUUCUAACAUCUCUGAAUCAUUAGCUUUACUCGGCACAAUCUGAGUCACAUACUGGUACAGUGUAAUCACUUUUGUAACUCAGUAUGUCAGGAUUCCUGUGUGCUGCCCGCAAUCACACUGCCUGUUUGUUUUCUAGAUUCAUUACCAUUGAGUGGGAUGUGUGUUUUGUUUAAACAGAAUUUCGUACGGAACCUGUGGCAGUGUGGGGACCACAUUGUUAUGAGACUAAUCAGGAGCUUAAACUGUGUUACAGGAAGGAAUUAGUAACAAGUUGUACGUCAGUAUUGGAACUAAUAAACAGAGGGCCCUAGUGCUUUAUUUAGUGCCCCCUACUGCUCCAGAAACCUCUAAUUCACCAAAAAUGUCCCUACUUGCCUCUGCAAAACAACAAACUCUAUAGUCACAAGACCCUACAUCCCCAUGCCAGUUCAAUCUCUCCUUUCCCUGACAAUUAACCUUCUCCCUGACUAAAUUAGGUUUGCCACAUUUGCCUGCCUAUGAACCCUCUCUAUUCCACUAUUCGAUUUGCCACACUUGUCUGCCAACUAAUCAUCUCUCUUUUUGAUUUAGACUGGCACAUACAACUGCCGAUGAACCUCCUUCCUCCCCCAAAUACGUGGCCAUUUUACCCCCUAUAUUCUCAUAUUCCUUGUUAUCCACAUACUGUGGAAGGGCCCUAUGUUGGCUCCUAAAGUGCUUGGCCCUGUCAUGUUUUGCCCUCAAUUUCUUUCCUUGCCCUCACUGCCUGGCAGUCCUAUCCAGGCCCUGACUGGACGGGUCCUAAUAGUGGCUCAAUAGAAAACUUGCCAAUGACACUUAAGCACACAAAAUGUAGUUUAGACACACAUUCACACACCAUGCUUCUUACAAACACAAUCCAUGCAGUUCACAGAUGCAAUCCAUGCAGCUCACAGACAUAAUCCAUGCACUCACAGACACACCUUCAGUGUACUAUGCAGUUCACAGAUCCCCUCUAUGCAAUUCAAAGACACCUUUCACUCUCUGCUGUUCAGACACACUCCACGUAGUACACAGACACCCUCCAUUUCACAGACACACCAUGCAACCAUUAUGGUUGUCAUGCCCUGAUGGCUGCCCUGAUCAGGCCCUUUUUUUCUGGCAUACUCAGCCACCAUAGAGAAGUGUUCCUUCCUUUGCUGCUGUCCUGAGGCUAUACCCAUAUCAGGCUGAAACAAUUGCUUCCAUCAUCAUCCCGCGAGGAAGGCAGCCUGCAUUCUGGAGUGAGAUUAGAUAGACCGACUGAGUACCUCUGCCAAUCGGUGCUCGCUAAGGACUCCAAGCACUCCAACUGACACCAUCAGCACUGCAGACCCCACUUCCAGCAAUGCAGCUGAGCUGGGGUCUCGCUGUCUCCACCCACCCUGGACCCAAGGCCAGGAUCCAGUGGGUUAACCUCUCUUUCCCCAGAGAGCAGGAACAGGAACAAGCUCUUAGCAGAGCUUAGUGAUCAUACCCUGGGGAGUAUAGUGAUUAUAGCAAUCUCCAGAGUGUAGUUCUCCAAUCAAUAAUUACUGAACAAGAUGGGUUAAUGUAAUUUAUCACAGGCAGGAAAAAUACACUUUUUACACAUACUCUGUAACUUUAAAUAUAUGCAUCAUAUUCACAUAUUCAGAAUCAGCAUACUUUAAAUAUAAACAUAACCAAAAAUCAUGCAAAUCCUUCCAUUAGUUCAAAAGUUAGUCGAAAGUCCUUUGUGACCAAAUGAAGCAUGGCUUUUCUGCCCAAAACCAGUUCCACAGAGUCUUCUAUCCUGGAGAUAAUUGGGAAGUAAUCCAAUUAUCUCCAAGGACAGAGGCAAAACUCCAUUGAACACAUGGCAGCAAAAAGACAAUAAAAGACAUAAAAUCACACAAUUACUACAUAAAACAUAAACAUGCAACAUAUCCCCAGAUAGCUUAGAUCUGAGCGCACAUUAUUACGAAAUGGCGCUCAGAUCACAUACAUACAGUUCAAUCGCCAUGGAGCCAAAGUCUUUUCCAUAGUCUUUUGUUACACGAAUAGGCUCCAUGGCAUAGCUGUCCGGGGUAGCACUACUACCAUACUGAAAGUCCAGAACGCCCCGGCAGAAAUACACAAACAAACCUCUCUGCAGGGGAAAAUACAGCUAUCAGGGCCAUAGUCGGAAGGCAGGAGGCUAGCCAGUAGUCCCCUCCAGACACAAGUGGCGAAGGGCACUUCGUUACAGGCAGCAACUGGCUCAGAACCCAUUCCUUCCUCCCACUCAUGAGACCUUGCCUGAUUGUAAUCAAGAAACCUGUAUGUGUUCUCACCUCAGCUCACUUCUGCUGGUGCCCUCACUGCUCUCCCUCCCCUCAUGGGUGGCAAAGGGUGAGCCCAUAAACUCUAGUGUGCCAUUGCAACCUGCUACAACUGUAGGGAUUCUGCCCCUGUUACAAAUGGUUAAUGGCAACAAAAAAAGCAAACAGAAAAAUUAGAGGCAAUUUGCACAAGAACAUCGAGUGAUUUCUAAAUCCUCAUUGAUUCAAUGUGCAUUAGUUCCCAUCCUUGUGAUGAUGUCAGAUUAGGCAGAAACAGAAUAUGGUGUAAGUUUUGGGGGGUUAUUCAACCAUUUAAGUGCUGCAGUGCGGGUGGAGGGCAUGGGGGCAGAGGAACACUAUAGUGUUAGUAAUACAGUUUCUGGGAUCUGCAGUUAAGCUAGCUGCUUUGAUAAGUGGAAAGUUUGUAAAUAAAAUACAAGUAAAAUUAAACCUGUGCUCUGAACAGAACUGAGGCUGUGCACAGAGAGCUUUAAACACUGCUACAUAGACCCCCCCCCCAUACAGCAUGAAUACAAAUAGGAAGGCUGACAGAAUUAUUUCUGGGUUAUUACUGGGUUAUUUUUGUGUAUAGGCUAGUGUCUGUUAUUCUAAUUUGUAAUAUAAAGAGAGUUAAAUAGCCCAGUCUGCACUUUAACUGUUGAACUAUACUUGCUUUUUCAACUGUUCUGUAGCACCAUGUCUCCUGAUUUGGCUCAUGCACACGGAUCCUCUCCUACUGCUCCAUUGGUUGGUAACCUGUAAUACGAGAUUGCUUAGUAAAUAGGAAAGAAAUAAGAAUGGCGACCGUACAGCUACUAUCUUACGACCUCCUCAUUUAGUUUCAUGUUUAGACUUGGCUGAAUGUUACUAAGUAGCAAGGUUACUUACAGUCCUGGCUCUUGUUCAUGAUAUAAUUUAUGUAUCUGAUAAUUUAUCUGCAUGUUCCGUUGUUGGUUUUCUGUUUUUUUGUUGAUUGUAUAAAAGCAAAUGUAAAUUCUUCAACACACUUUAAAUUAACAAAACAAAAAAGCAACAACAACAAACAAUCUUAACGUACUGUUAUUUUCAUUGGGUACAAAGUAUUACCAGAUAGUUCAAACACUUCAUUUAUGUUUUUCUACACAGCAGAAUGCUCAGACCUCAUUUUAUUUAAAACAGACUCUUUAACUCUGUUGUGUUGGAGUUAUUUCUUUAUUUGUGGUUAACAAGUUAAAUAUAUAUAAAAAAAAACAUAAUUAGAAAAAAGGCUCAAAUUUGAAGUUCGGGCAUUUUUUUUAGCAGAGUUUAUGCAAUAAGAUCCCACCAUAUCUCAAAGAGGCUCAAUCAGUCCUGCUCACUUAAAGGGACCUUCCAAGCAUUCUAACCACUCCAGUUCAUUGUAGUGAUUAUAGUGCUAGUAGGGUGCAGUCGUAUUUUGAUUCAUGGAUGAACCCAUCAGCUGACAUCUCAAUCCUAAAAUCCCAAUUUAUUUUUAAUCAAUUGAUAAGUGAUGGGAGCGUUUUAAAACUUUAUGAACAACACUGCUGAGAAAAAUUGUUACAUGGGAUUUAAACAUGCUGACACAAAUUGACAAGGAUAUUUUAACGUUUAAUAGUUUGUGCUUUGCAGGUUUUUUGUUUUUUUUUUAGAUAAAAAACAACUUGCUUAACCUUUUGCAGCCACAAACAUGGCAAAUGACUGUAAAUAUCCAUGGAAUUGCAGUUUGUCUCCAACUAGGAGUCCAGCCAUAUGCGAUAGCUCUUGGUUACAAACAAUCUUUUGUUUAGAGUGUUCCAAUCCACUUGGUAUAAAAGCCUCUUAUUGAUAAUGACAUGGAUAAGCAUAACAGGUAACUGGGUUUCUUUGUGCAGCCUUGCUGUAUUCAUUACUGUUUUUAAUAACAAUCUAUUUUUUUGGCCUUCCUACAGACUGCAAACUGACCAUAUGGAUGGGGCUUCUGUGAAUAUUCAGGACUCAAAAUCAGCCGCCUUCACCUUACCGCCUCUCUCUUCCCUUAGUUUUUCUACAGAAAGUAAUGAUGCCAUGGAUCUGCGGGCAAGUAUAUGAUCUGCGUGAGAAUACAAAACAUUUUCCACUAGUCUUCCAGACUGCAUCAACUUCUCUCUUGACAGCCACUGUCACUUCUGUAAAAAUAGACAUUCAGAUGAUGGGUCAUUUAUCUCUAUCUGUUGUACGUUUGAGAAUGAAUCCACACUACUUAUGCUCAUUUUAAAGAGCAUAAUAUUUUAUAUGUUAUAAAAGGCUAGCACAACUAUAGAUUGGGAGAAAAGUCUAUUUACAAAUAAGUCUCCCACCUGACUACCAAUUCCUCAGCAUAGACCUCUGUGCCAAAGAUCUGACUGACAGGGAAAGCAGGAGAGACCUCCUACAGUGCAUAUGCAACAAUCAUUUUUACUCCCUAGCCUAUGCGGCUACCAUUCACUUCACUAGCUAACAGGUUCACCUUAAAGGGGCACUGGAGGCACCCAGACCACUUUAGCUCAUUGAAGUGGUCUGGGUGCAGAGUCCCUAUUGCCCUUAAAACAUUGUAGUUUUUGAGUAACUGCAAUGUUUUUACAUUGCGGUACUAAGAAAGCCACCAGUUGCUGUCUCCAGACGGCCACUAGAGGCACUUCCUGGAAUUUACCAGACUCCAGGUCCCCUAACUGACACUGGAAAUCCUCACACUCUACAUGAGGACAUCCAGUGUCAGUGAAAUUCCUAUUGAAAUGCAUUGGGGCAAUGCUUUCCAAUGGGGAGGGCCUAAUGAGCAUGUGGUGCUUGCCGUGCGAAUGCACAUUAGUUUCCCCCAUUGGAUGACGUUGGAGGAGGCGGUGUGCUGAGGAACAACAGUGCUGUAAUCAGGUGAGCAAAUAAAGAUUUUUUUACCCUUUGUGCGCUGCAAAGUGGGGCCGCGAAGGAGGGGGUCCAGAGGGCACUGUAGAGUACAACUAUUGGUGCAGAUGGGCGCCACAUCAUUUCUGGUUCUACGUGGACCAUUCACACACAUUUUGAGGUCACAGGUGUUACGUGGACCAAUCAAAUAACACCUAAUAGGCCCCAUUUACUGUACCCUAUCGUGGUGUCUGAUCUUAGCACCCGUUUAUGUUCCUUGUUCCUGUCUUAUUUUUCUGGUAUUGACCUUGCUAGUUCUUGACUCAGGGUAUUUCUGUAACCCUUAACUGACUAGUUUAUACGUCCUCAUAUUCUGUUUUGCUGAAUAUUCACUGCAGGAACAUCUUAAAUUGAUGAACGUUCUAAUACUGAGAGUCUAAAAGAAGUAUUCACUAAACUCCAAAAUUGUGCGACUUAUGGCCUCAAUGUAAUAUCUUUGCAUAAUCUUUUGAAACGAUUUAAUAUUCUUGGAUAAACUUUUAAAAUUCUUUUUUUUUUCAAAAAUAUAAAAUUAUCAAAUAUAUCAUAUAUAAAACAUAUAUCGAUAUAUAUAAAAAAAGUAAUAAAACAUUAUACAAAAUAAUCAAUCAUUUGAAAAGCUUUAUCCAAAAAUAUUAUAUUGAGGCCUAUAUCUAAAUUGAAAAAUUGAGGCCAAUCGGACAGAAAAUAAAAUAGCUUGGUUUAUUUCGUACCAGGCACAGCAGCUCCGUGCUUUGUAAAAUCAUAUUUUUUCACUGUCUGAACUCCCAUGAUCUUAUUAUUCAUCCUGCUAUGCUGUAUCUAUUGCAGAUGGUGAGUUUCUCAGUAAAUCCAUUCCCCUCGAGUGGCACUCUUGACGUCAGUGGAUCUGUAGGAGGACUGAGCCUUACCAGCACUAAUGGAACAGUCAUACCUGUUAAGAACCUCGAUGAUUACAUUGAAGUGAGAAGUUCUUCAUUAACUCAUUACCCGUGCGCACUGAAUCUUGUAUUGAAACAAUGUAAACAUCACCGUUACUGAUUUGUACAUGAUAAUCUAUAGACUGAGGCAAACAGGAUACCCCUGCUUUUGAGUAAAAACACAAAAGCUAGUUUGCAAGUACGACCCUAGGACAUACUUGAAAAUCUGAGAUAAGCUAACUGUGCCUUUCCUGGUUUAAUACUUUGAUGUUAUUAUUACUAUUAUUAUUGUCGUGUAUACGGUAUAAAAGAAAAUAGUGACGACAGAGUUUGCAAUACGUCUUACAAUGUAAUAAAUUCUACAAUGUGUAAACCGGAACUUUAGGAUAGAGCAUAUGUUUGUAUUUUUGUACUAUUAAAAACUAAUAUUUAUGCAAACGAAGUAGCUGUCACUAGAUAUUACCUCCAUAGGUGUAUCAGGGGGUGGGAGGGGCAAUUGCUCCCCAGAUUAUUUCCUUUCUCUGUGAUAAGUGUCCCUCUUUUUAACAGGAACAGUGUUGCUAGUCCCUAACUCAAGGAUCCGACUCUGUCCUAUUACCAUGAUACAUAUGAAACCAUAUUUAUUAGGAUUAGAGGACAAUCCUGGCCCAUUCUGGGCACAGUCUAAUUCCAUUUGAAUGAUGACCAAUAACCUUUACACUGUUUAUGACUGAUUGCUUGGGCGUACAGUUCACCCAUGUCCUUUACUGCUAUUUUAUUUUUUUUCACAGAUAAUACUGCCAAGAGGUUCACCAGUCGGUGAAGUGAAGACUGUUUUAAAUUUGGACAACUUCACAACUCUUCUAAUAAAUGUGACCUCUGUCAGCAUCCCUUUGGUGUUUUAUCUUGAGCCCAGCAGGGAUGUACCCUUCUUUCUCUACUUGGGAUAUGAGUAUUAUCCAAACGAAACUAAUUAUGACAUCACUACUUAUAUGGCUAAUGUUGAAGGUGAGAGUCAAUAAAUUAGGAAUAAAAAAAAAGUAGUACAUGUAUUGAUCAAGGCAAAUACCACUUCCUAAAUAUUCUUUCAACAUCUUCUCCAAAGAAGCUCAGAAAUUAAAAUUUUGUGUCUAUCCAGUUAUUCUGCUUUCUUUGUGGGAUACUGUAUAACUAAUAACCAGACUCCUCGAUUUAAUUUCCAACUUUGUCACUUAGUGCCUGCAAUAACCUGUCUCUGAUAACAGCAGCCGAUAGCAAGUAGUCGCUACUAAUCUCCGAUCGGUUUCCAAACGUGUUGGUUGGGUUUUGCAGCCUGGCUGACAAUAACGGCCACUCAUAGAUGAGCCAUUUGCUGCUAAUGCUCAGAAACCUGCGUUGUGUAUGUUGUCACCAUAGCAACCACAACUUGCUGGUAAAAAAAACAAAAAAACAUGCAUACUUUAUUUAUGAUUGGCCUUAGCAACAGUGUAUUAAACCGUGAUUCAUUGCUCUGCCGGGUACUAUCUUGUCCAGUCUGCUUUGUCAUUCGCUCAUUAUCUUGACAAGUGCACAUAUAUAAAGAAUAAUUUCUUGUUUUACGUCAUGUGUCUGGCCUUUAAUUUUAUUGCACUUUGAUAUGGUUUGAAAUCUUCUUUAGAGAUUUGUUGUAAUACCAUAUAGCCUACGCGAAUUUUCCCAGUCGGAUAGCGAGUUCUUGAUAACUUCUUUGCCCUAGGCAGGAGGCUGGUGAAAAGCUUUGUCAGACAUAUUAUGCCUUUAAACAUGAAUAUGUAAAAAAAUAUAUAAAUUUUUCAUAAUUUUCACAGAAUAUUAUUUUUAAUAGUUUCUCCCACAAUUAUCCAUUCAGCUUUCUGGCUCAGAGACAGUCGGUAAUGAGCAGCAACAGGGCUGGAAACCAUUCAGUAGAAAAUAAAUCAUUAGCUGCUACUACGCCACUUACUUUAAAUUGCAGCAACCAGUAACUUCCUGUUGCUGCUGAUAACAUUUUGCAUUCUGUAAAUAGCCACUAGUCACUAGCAUUUUAGCCAGAAGCAAAUGGCUGGUAAACAGUAGCCAACAACGGCCUCGAUUUAAUAAGCUAAUAUAAUUUUAAAAUAUAUAAUUUAAUACCGUUGGAAAAAAAUUCCAAAUGAUUAAUCUACAAAAAUUCCCAAAGAUUAUAAUUUUAAGUGGUGGCUUCUGUAGGUAAAUCAUUUGGAAUGUUUUUUCUAACAAUAUUGAAUCAUUUGAAAAGCUUAAGCAUCACUCUCACCAUCUGGGGACUCUGCUGAAUUCGCAAGGUCCCCCAAAUGUGACAUUAUCGCUAGUGGUCCUGCGGCUGCAGGGAACAGGUAAAAGGGAGAUUACUUACAUGAAGCUGUCCCUUGUGAGCUGUGCCACUUUUCUCGUGUCAGAAGCCGACGCCACUGCCGUACCCUAGUGCAUGUGCAAGAGUACAGCAUUGAGGUCUAUGGGGGAUCCCCCAAGAUUGCAGGAUCCUCCAUAGACACUGCCAAUUCCUUGCAGCCGUCACUCUUAGAUUAACUCUUAGACUCUGCCAUAUGUCUAAAAAAGUCAGGUGGAGGAGAAAUAAGAGCCAAAUUAGUCUAUAUAUAUAUAUAUAUAAUUAUAUAUAUACUAGUGUACUUAUCACUGGCUAGUGUAUGUGUUUUUGAGUACCUCUGGUUCUUUGACCAGUAAUACUCCAUUCUAAGGACCAGUAAUACUCCUUGACUUGGCUUGUUCAUUGCCAACAGUUUGGUGUUCUGUAGUUUUUUUAAGCCCAACAAUUCUAGGGACCAGUAAUAUUCCAUACCUUUUAAUGUGUUUCUGUCCCUAUCAGGGUUUGACCUACACCUAACAUAAAGGGUUGUCAAUCAGUCUUUAUACACUGUCAAGAUAUGCCAGAAUCGAUUUCAGUCGGGACUCUGACUUUGGCCUCUAUUGAAACUCUCAUUUGUGCUUUCUAGUAAAUUGCCCAUGCCAAGUCCAUGCUAAACCCUCCAGAACUCCAGUGACUUAGCAUUGGAUUCUACAUGGACCAUUAAUUAUCUAAAACACAGUUGCUGGACUUACUUUAGUCAAUACAUGAAUUGAUUACCUGCAUGUAGUCAAGAUUAGAUUUGUGUAUGCUAUUAAGACACGUGCAUUGGGUGAUGUUGUUAUUUUUCAUCUUUGGUAUUACUUAGGUAAUUCUUAUUCUUGGGUAAUAAGCCCAGAGGAUCUUUUUCUGGGGGAAGGAACAUAUUACUUGACUGUGAAACCUGACCUGGAUGAAGAUAAGGCUAGUAAAAGCAAUCUUACCAUAGCCAUAACCUCCUUUAUGUCCCAGUGUGUGUUCUGGGAUGAAGUAAAUCAAGACUGGAAUAACACUGGAUGCAAGGUAGGUACUUUUCAUGUAGAGUCAGUUUUAGGAAUACUUUUAUCCAACACACACAUUGAAUGCCAAUGUACAUUCCAGUCAUUCCUUUAAGGUUGAGCGUCAAAGACUGAAGAAGAGAACAAAAUAAAACAAACAAAAAAAUCACGUUACUGGUGUGUGGCCAUCUUUCUACCUCAAUACUAAGAAUUAGGAUGUGGUGGGCAAAAAUAGAAACUUGUUAGCAAGAUAUUUUUAAGACGGUGAAGUAACUUUUUUUGUCAAAACCCAUUGUAUAAUAUUAAGUUGCUCGAUUUAUUGAACUGUGACUAUGGCCUCAAUUUAAUAAGCUUAGCAAAUAAUUCAAUACUGUUCAAUGGUUCAAUACUGAGAAAAACAUUCCAAAAUGAUCAAUCUACUGAACUCACCAUUAAAGUCCAUUGGAAUUUUUGUAGAUAAAUCAUUUGGAACGUUUUGUUUUAUUUAACAGUUUUGAAUCAUUUGUAAAACAUUAAAUUAAGGCUCAUGAUAGGUUAAAAAUCUUUGGAUGCACUGAUCCAUGCAUUGAUGUCUGAUGAUGCCUUCUAAGUGCUUCUGAUUUGUGGUAAUAAAAUAUAUGCAUUAUUAAUUUGACUGGGAGAUAUUGACCAGUGCUAUCACGAUUAGUCUAGGAUGCAACAAACAUUAUCCCAUUCGGGAGUUGUUGCGUUAAGAUGCUUAGAUGGGAAUUGUAAUCAAAAACUUUUAUAAGCAUACAAAACAGAAAAUAAAGUUUUAAAUAAAUUAAAACUGUAAUAAAUAGUUGUAUGUAUUAUAGUUAUGUAUAAAAGUUUAGAAGUUUAUGCAAAUUGAUUUCUUCCUGCUAUAACUGCUAAAUGGGUUUGAACAUUCUGUGAAUGAUUUUUUUUUAUUUAAUAAGGUUGGACCUAAAACAACUCCUACCAGCACCCAUUGUGUUUGUAAUCACCUUACAUUCUUUGGGAGCUCUUUUAUCGUCAUGCCCAAUGCUAUCGAUGUCACCAAAACUGUUGAACUCUUUGCUACGUUUGUGGACAAUCCAGUUGUGGUUACCACUGUUGGGUGCAUCGCUGUUCUUUACGUGAUGGUGUUAAUUUGGGCCAGAAGGAAAGACAUCCAAGACAAUGCCAAGGUAUAUUCUUAGCAGAUACUAUACAGUAUAAGAAUUAAUACAUUAAAGGGAAACAAUGCUUAGAACAUUUCUAUAAUGAGUGAAUGUUCGUUCAGCUUAACACUUUUUAUAGCCUUGGUGUCCUUUUUGCUAUAUACACUAUAUGUAUUUUUUGCGAAACGUGUUGAAAUUGUGCAGGUUCUUGAUUUUGAUGUACCAUCUCAAUUUUUAUUACAUCUUAUCAUAAGAUUGUUUCUUCUUUGGUUCAAAUAAAUCAUGGUACACAGAUUGUACAUCAGUUGUUCACAGUAUUUCUAUUUAUAUUUCUAAAGGUCACCUUUAAUGCUUUCUUUGAAUUUUGUACUUGGAUGUUUAACUUCCUUUGUGAGCAGACACAAAUUUCUGACAUAAUGUACUGUGCAUAUUUGAUACAGGUGAAGGUCAUUGCAUUGGAAGAUAAUGAUCCAUUUGCUCAGUACCGAUACCUGGUCACAAUUUUCACUGGUCAUCGCAGAGGAGCUGCCACAACUUCCAAGGUAUAUAGUGAGGCUCUCAAGAAUUAUAAGUGCUUGGCUUACUAGGUCUCCUUAUCUUAGGAACUCCUGAUGUUUCGAACCUAUGUAGGACAUCAAGAGCAUGUGACCCAAUAGCUAGCCAAUGGUAGCUAGCCUUUAUUAGUCCAUAAGUUGUGAUCCAACCGUUUAUUCAUGCUAACCUUUAGCUCUCCGGUGUCUGGAGGACUUUGUGUACCAAGAUGCAUCACCAAUGGAACUGCUGAUUGGGAUUUAUGGAAGAUGGAAGAACCACAAGAGUGUCAGUGGUUACCCAUCACUACAAAAUGUACUUUUUAACACCAGUGCUUAAUUACCAUUAAUGGUACAUCAGUUAUCUGUAUACUAAUAUGUAUUGUCUGUAUACUGCUUUAGAGACAUUUAGGCUGUUCCAGAGUGUGAAGCAGCAGGGAAGCAUUGUUUAAAUUUGAGUGUGUGCCUUCUUUUAGAACUCCUAUGAAUUAAUGUAAAAUCUUCCUCCAAGGUGGCCAUCACCCUAUAUGGCUCUGAAGGUGAGAGUGAACCUCACCAUCUAUAUGACCCUGAUGGAGCUGUGUUUGAGCGAGGUGGAUCAGAUAUCUUCUUGAUCACAACCCUCUUCCCACUCGGGGAGUUAAUGAGCAUCAGACUUUGGCAUGACAACUCUGGAGACAAGCCAUCAUGGUAAGACUGGAUUAAUAAAGUCUACAGUAAAACCAUUCCUCUUUUUGACAUAAAUUACACAUUAGUUACUAUAACCACAUGGACACUAUACAUUGGUUUAAACUUAUCUCAGUGUUCUGGAUGUAAAUGUGAAAUGUACUUAAGAUAAAUAAGUCCUUGUGGUGAUUUCUGUAUUGUUCUCCUGUGUAGUUUAAUGAUACUGAUCCUUCCCAUCCUGUUUGCAACUUUCUAUCUAUACAUGGGUUGUGUACUCAUGCUGUACAUGUUAGAGAACAAACUUGUAAAUAUUUAUUUUGUGUGUUUCUCGAAAUGUACGUUUGUGACAGGGGCGGACUGACUACUCAUGAGGCCCCUGGGCAAUAGGAGAUCAUGGGGCCCCCGUGUACCCACCAACUUGCAAGAUACACAAAUAUACAUCAUGCCCACAUACAUAUGUUACAGGAAGGGUUGUAAUGUUGGGGGGAAGAGGCUUCAGUGGGGGACAGGAGUCAUAAUGUGUGGGACUGGGGCUGUAGUGGGCAGAUAAGGGCUAUAAUGGGCAACAGCAUCUCUAAUGGGGGGAAAGGCGCUGUAGAGGGGGUGUAGGGGUUUUAAUUAGAGAUAGAGACCGUAGUGUGAGGUAGGGUGAUUAGGGGCUGUCAUGGGGGAUACGGGCUGUAGGAAGGGGAUAAGAUUAUAACAGGAGGAUUAUAACAUAUGCAAAUAGGGUGCUAUAUUUGUUGCAUAAGCAUAUGGUGUGAAAAAUGUAACAAAAAACUAUGGUGUCUGGAAUACAAACAUAUCCCUGACACUGUUGUUGUAAGAACACAUUUUAGAUCCCUAGCCCUGCUUUUCUCGCGUUAUAAAGUUAUUUUACUCACUUUUUCCACCUAAAGUAGAGGGGGUGCUGGUGCAAGAUUUUUUUUAGGUCCACCUAUCGUAAGGAUGGAGAAAAAGGUAGAUACCCAUCUUUCGUACAACUACCACAAUACUUUGCCAGAUGGGCAACUACCAUUUGCCCAUACUUGCAGUGUUUGUAUGCUUGAAUAUAAGCAUGUUUUGAAUGGAGUAUGUGUGUGUGAAUGUAGGGAUGUAUUUGAGUGUAGUGUUGGAGUUUGAAUGCUGAGAUGUACACACACACACACACACACACACAUACAGACACAAGCAUUGACACGUAUAGAUACACACGUGCAGACUCACAGAUACAGACACUAACACACGUGCAAAUACACAUACACACACCAACACAUAUACAGAUACACAGACACAGACAUUGACAAAGAUACACAGACACACAAAUUGACGUACAGACACACAAAUUGACGUACAGAUACACAGACACACAUACAGAUACACAGACACACAUUAACGCACAUAAAGAUAUACACACAUACUAAUAAGCAUACAGAUACCCAUACACACACUAAUACACAUAUAGAAACAGACUUGUACAUUAACAGAUACAGACACACGCUAACACACAUACAGAUACAGACACACACUAACACAGAUACACAGACACACACUAACACACAUAUAGAUAGUUACACAUACAGAUACACAGACACACAUACAGAUACAGACACAUACUAACACAGAUACACAGACACAGACUAACAUACAGAUACAGUCACACACACAUACAGAUACACAGACACACACUAACACACAUACAGAUAACAUGCGCACACACACAUACAGAUACACAGACGCACACUAACACACAUACAGAUAACAUGCACACACACAUACAGAUACACAGACACACAUACAGAUAACAUGCACACACAAAUACAGAUACACAGACACACACUAACACACAUACAGAUACAGACACACACUAACACACAUACAGAUAAAGUCACACACACAUACAGAUACACAGACACACACUAACACACAUACAGAUAACAUGCACACACAGAUCACAUUACAUAUAUUAACCACCCCCCUGCUUUCAUACCUUUUUGGUGGAGGAGGGUGGCUUCCCUGGUGUCAAGUGGUGUCUGGCUGAAUGUGAUGGCAGUCUGGCUCUCUCUUCUCUGUUCCUGCCUGUUAAUCUCCCUCCUCUUUCGGCUUGCAGUGCAGGGGCCCAGUUGCACUGAUGAGAGGCACCUGAUUAUUUCUGUAGCGACCCGUGCAGGCGGCGCACUUCGAUGCGCAUGCAUGAUGUCGCCGUUGAGCGCCGACGCACACAGGGCGGAAACAAUCCUCUGCUCCUCCAGAUCCAGCUCCACUGCUGGUAACCAGUGCCGGUGUUCCACUAGGCCCGAGAACAGCGCAGCUAUCGCACGUUGCACUCGAGCGGUCGGCGCAAGUUUUUCUGUGUGUUACAGACAAAUUGGAUGGGUGGUGGGCCCCCUACCUCGGCCAGGCCCUCGGACCAUGUCCGAAGUGCCCGACCGCUCAGUCCGCCCCUGGUUUGUGACUUUCACCUCAUGUACUUUUUUAUGAAUAGAUAAACCUUUAAUAAACUUUGUUGAAAUACAAAAUAAGUAAAUGUACGUUUGUUGGCAUCAUAUAUUUGAUAUCACUUUUCAUGGGGCAUAUUUUCUGAAUGCUGCUGGUCUCCGGUGUGUCAAGAUUAAUGAUCUUAGUUAAUUCAAUGCUUUCUUACUGGAAAGCAUUGGGAGGCUAGUGCACAUGGACGGCAAAGAACUGCUCUAAUCAGGUGGUCUGUACGAGACCAUCUGUUUGAAAGAGUUUGAAAAAGUUUUAUUCCACUAUUUUGGCAAAAGCCCAUCCAGUGGCUGUCAGUCUGUCAGUUCCUGCAGAAUGGCAAUGCAGGAUUAAAAUGGGUGGGGACAUGGCACCAAGACCACUUCAUUGAGAUAAGUGGUCUGGGUGCCUUUUAGUGUUCCUUUAAAAUUAACCAACAUUGACAGGGAUGUUCACUAAAGUGAGAAUUCAAAGGGAAUUCAAUGGAAAUUUCAAAUUUGAUGGCAAAAUAACCGAACUUCACUUCUCUUUCAGUUUUGCGACACUGGCCUAAAAUUUUAAAUUCAUUUUUAACGCUCACUUUCAAUAACCCAGUUAAUCUCUAGUUUAUGGGUUUGCCAAGUAGACCUACAUUCCAGGGGCACCAUGUGAAAGUCAGAUAUGUCUGAUAAAGUGAGGGGACUUGCCAGUAAUGCAUUCCACUGUAGCCCUUAAGAGAACGUAAUUAAUGAGAGCUACCAAAAAUAUGGCAUUUCUGCAUUGUGUUUUCUGCCAAUCACAACACAGUAAAAUUCAAACUGAUAGUGACCAGAGAGUGCGAUAACUAAUGGCAACUUCCUGUAUCUUGUAAGUUGCUGACUUAAAAGAGAAACGUAACUGAAUAUAAACUGAUGUAAUGGUGUGUACUACUGCUAUUUUAUCAUUAGAUUUUAUAUAAUGUUAAUAUUUUCCAUAGCACCGAUUAUAGCAAAAGUUUGAUAUUAUUGUAUUUUUAAGGAGCAAAUUGGGAUAUACUUUUAUAAAAUGAGUUCAGAAACUUCCAUACAGCAAUGCUAAAGAUAACUUUUAAAGUUUAAAUUUGCCCUUAAGUGUUACAUGACUCUGACAUUUCCAGGUACGUUAACAGAGUGUUGGUUCAUGACAUGGAGAUGGACCAGAAAUGGUAUGUCCUUUGUAAUUCAUGGCUGUCCAUAGAAGUAGGAGAUUGUGUACUGGAUAAAGUGUUCACCAUUGCAACCGAGGAGGACAUGAAACAGUUCAGGUAAUGUUCAGCUUUUACAACUAUUUAUCCCAACCACUAUAAUCUUUCCAGAAUUUGUAUUUGUGUUGUAAUGUUUGUAGUAUUUUCUUCUAGAAUGAAUGUAUGAUCAUCAAACAUCUUCAGUCUUGUACUAAACCAGUGGUUCCCAAACCAUGUCCUCAUGGCCCUCCAAUAAUUCAGGAUUUAUAUGUUUCCCUGUUUUAUUCCAAUGGAGAUACUGACAAAACCGAGACUGUUGGUGGGACUUGAGGACUGGUUUGGGAAACACUGUACUAGACAACUCAGGUCUAUGGUUUAUUAGUGAGUUGCAUUUGUUGCAAAGUCUUUGUUCUCCCUCUUUCUCCAGCAAUCUAUUUUUUAUGAAAACUUCCAAAGGUUUCAGAGAUGGGCAUAUCUGGUACUCUGUUUUUAAUCGAUCUCCCAGAAGCCCUUUCACUCGGGUACAACGGGUCUCCUGCUGCUUCUCAUUGCUUCUUUGCACAAUGUUGACCAGUAUUAUGUUCUGGGGAGUUCCCACUGACCCAGCCGAACAGAAGAUGGACUUAGGUAAAGAUCUUCUCAUCAUCUUUCUUGUGGAGAAAUUGUGUUACAAUAUUAUAUAUUGGGAAGCCAUUGUCUAAAUGUAUGAAUGGUUCUUUUUUAUUGACAUUUAUUCUAAUAUAUUAAGAAAAUGUCCCUCUAGCAAGAGAGUCCCCUCCUUUUUUAGAAAGAAGAUAUUUUCAAUUUUAAUUCUACAAUUUGUAAAAUAGCAAUUAAUUACAUUUCAAGAUAAUGAAUCUGAUACAUUAAAAUAUUUAAGUAUUUAAAAUAUUCUCCACAUAUUCUAACAUAUAGCUCUAUUUUAUUUUAUUAUUAUUAGUCUAAAAAAUGUUUUGACUUUCCUCUGGCAUCGAGUAACAGUUGGCAAAAUGUUCACAAUCCAAAUUUUAAAAAAACACCUGUAAUGCUGUCAAAGUCAGAAAAAAUAUUGUUAUCUUAAAACUGUACCUUAAACAGGACUUUCUAAUAUAUCUUACACAGCAGAGCUUAAUGGUCCUCCUAUACCGUGAAAUUAACAUGUAAAAAUAUUGGAGCCUUUGUUUUUUUUAAAUUAGAUCUCAGGUCGAAUGUUAUAUAGAGCCAAGUGCAUUCACGUUGCUGAUAGGGGACCUGAGUGUAAUUAAUCAAUUAAGUUUCAUAUGGACAAUUCCAGUGCUUUAAUUGCUUUACUUAUUUAUAUUAUAGCUUAUGAUGUCCACAUCAUUAACAGCUUAUCAUCAGUUGUUAAUUUGUCAAUAGAUAUUGGAUGUGACACUGUAAUAUCCAUAUAUAUUAUUCAAUAUUCCCCAAGGUAAGAUCGAAUUCACCUGGCAAGAGGUGAUGAUUGGAUUUGAAAGCUCCCUCCUGAUGUUCCCCAUCAACCUCCUCAUUGUUCAGAUCUUCAGACACAUUCGACCAAGGCAGUCUAAGGAUUCCACUGACAAAGAGAAAGACAAAGUAUCUAUGCCACCAGCUUCUAGGAGAUCCCCACCAGAGAUUUUCAGCUCAUCUCUCACGUCUGAGUCUGUGAUUAAGGUAUACAAAUAUAUAGGAAUCCUGGAAGCACCUACAACCUUUUUUAAUACUAUUAACACAGAUGUUGCACAUUCGCAUUAGUUCUAUCAGUUACGGCAUUAUUUUGCUGUCAUUUACCUACGGGCAAGACACCAUGGGAAUCUGAGAACGCCCUGUGUUUGUUAAAGAGCUCAUAAACGAUUUAACUCACUCAAAACACACAAACCUUAAUUGCACCAUAACCACCGCAUUGAACUGUCACAUUUUAAAACCUUACAUUUUAUGUUCUAUAGAAUGGAAAAAAAUGCUACUGAGAAUUUUAAAGAAUAUGGAUAAUACAGAAUGAACGAAUGAAUUAAGAAACAGUAAUGUUUUCAUUCAAGGAAAGUUCAUAUAAGAGACCACUUAUAGGAGUUCAAAAUAUAAGUAAAAGAUUAGGGGCAUGACUUAUUUUGAUUUUAGUUUCCUAUUUUUUCCGAUUUGACAGCAGACUGGAGACUUUAAUUAAGUUAUAAUUGUCUGUGAAUUUUCUGGUCAUUGACAGAGAUUUAAAUCUCAGCAGCAUUCUGUAUUGAAGGCUCCAAUCAACCAUUUAGCAAAAAAAUAAGAAUUCACCUUUUAUUUCAAACAGGUCUGUUAAUUUGCCUUGUUCUCUUAUUCUUGGUAGAGCCUCUCACAAAAAUGCAAGGGGUCUUGAAGCAGUAGAUUGAAUAAAACAAAAUCAUAACCAUUGCAUUCAUAUAAAAACUCAUUGUGCUUUUUUCAUUUACAAUUUAAAUUAAAUAAGAUAUUUCUGAUUCUCUAAAUAUGAGCUUGUUAGGUUAAUGAGACAUGUUCCUAUUUUUAAUAACAAUUAUCCUCAUAUUCUUAUAAUGAAUUACAUCUUUUUACAUUAAUUGACACCAAAUCGGAGGAUUCCUUAUGGCCAUUUGCCUCAUUAUGUACUUCUACUAUAUGUAAUGUUUAAUUUCAUGGGUCUCCUCUUUCAUCGUUGACAACCUUAGAGAUCACAUUGAAAACGUAGAUGUUCAUAUUAUUUCAUGUAGGAUAUCCGGAAAAUUGCUAGCUCCCUGUUUAAAACCCAGAAGACAGCCUUGCCUGAUAUAAAUCUCGCCGAAACUGUAGAUAUAAACAGCCUGCUCUCUUUGGUGGAAGAUAUCGUCCUUAGACAAAACCGCGUUGGACAAGACUUUUAUGAAGAAGGGAAAAAGAAAGAUCAGAGUCUUAUUCUCAGCCUGGGCUCAGUGAACCUUCAAGGUACAUUACACAACAGAAUUCCAGAAGUAAAUGUAUAAAUGUCAAUAGUGUCAGACUGUAGAUUUAGCAAAUAACAUGAACAAUGUGUCUUUAACGUUCAUAGACAGAAAGGUUCGGUAGAGUAUAUAUGCAUGUCAGUGGUGGCUCUUUAAGGGUGCCUUGUAACCCAAAACAACUUUGUAACCCACAUUAAGCCAGGGAGGAGAGGAUGGAUAAUUAAUCAGAGAAAUAAUUACAGGGUUAUUUACUAAAGUGGGAAUUCAAAGUAAAUUUGAAACUUAAAGCAGAACUAAAAGCAGUAGUGACUUCAAAAAUGUUUUCCAAUUCGGUUUAAAAUUCACUUUGAAUUCACUCUAAAUUCUCACGCUAGUUAAUAACUUCCAUGAUGCCUAAACAGCUUAAUAUGAUGUACUUGGCAAAUGGAUAGUGAAAUUCAAAGAAAAAAAACGAUAGGAAAGUAUCUGUUGAUCCACAUUGACUAGAAUUGUCCACUGCCCCUUUCUUGUAAUAGACUGUGUAUGAACGUUGAGGCCUCGAUAAAACUCUAAUUGAUUAGCUGUUAUUUUUAUUAUAUGUAUUGAGAUGUUCAGCUUGGUAGGAAGCAACUGCCUGUAUGCGUAUACACCUACUUAAAUGGUGAUAUGCCUGGAAGCACUUAAAACACAAAACAGAAUGACACAUACAGAACUAUAUCAGUGACUACAUUGAAUAUUUUAUUAAUGGACCCUACUAGUUACUGGACCUUUGUGCAGUCAACAUUUCUCCUUUUCAGAUGAAACUAGGAGCCCAUCUCCAGAGCAGAGAGUCAACGCAAGACCUCCACGCUGUGAUCAGAGCCGUUAUCUUUACCACCAGCUCCAGCAAGUGGAGAGGAAAAUGGAGUUCUUGGGGCCGCACCAAUUCCAAAACCGUCAGAGUUACGGCCAGGCUAUCAGCCAGGUGCAGCACAUGAAGGAGAUUUUGGAAAAUCGGAUCCAUUCCACCUCUUCUGCCAGUGAAAUGUGAGAUGUGAUUUUACUCCAUGAAAAGAUUCCUGCUGUGCAGUGAUUUCUUUUCACCACAAGAUGACGUGUGCUCCAUUGCAAUACUACCUCUUUAGAAAUAACAGGGAUAUGAUUUAAUUUAGAAGUGGUCCUAUGGUAGAUCCCCAGCUAUUGAACUACAGCAUCCAUGAUACCUGACGACGCGUAAAGCAUCUUAGGAGUUGUAGUUAUACAGCAUCUGUUGAAAUUCCUCUGAUCUACUUGAUUUAUUUAUGUAGCUAAAGACAUAUCUAUUGUUGGACUGCAGUGCAAAAGGCAUAAAGAAUACAAUGCUAAAUUACUUAAUGAAGAACAGUGAGUGUUUUAAUGUAGCAUGGGGGAGUUCCAACUGGCUGCAAAUGUGUUGUCACUUCCUUGCUGCUGAGAUGAGAAUCAUCUAAUUCUAAAAGGAGAGGGUAUUUGUGUUCUUUUGUCCUGGUUAUGUAUUGUGUUCAUUUAUUACUUUUUAAAUUACUUGAUGAUGUCAACAUCCAUACAGUACAGGAUUCUAAAACACCAUAUGCCCAAUUAAAUAAUAAAUAGCAGAACAUGGCAUAGACUGCUGAGGUUUAAUCCCAGUGAGCACUGGACAGCUGGAUCAUGUACAUACAACAGAGGUUAACAUGAUCACGUGACGGGUGGUGGAAAACUGUAGUAAAAACUGUGCAGUGGAUGAUUAAUUUCUAGCGCACCAUGAGUUUGUCACGCAUGCAGGGGGACCAGGAGGCAAGAUGCCAACCAAAGGGAAAAGUUUUUAGCCACAUUUAGAUAAUCCACAAAAAUGGUGUCACUUACACUACUCUGUAUUCUAUAGAUGUUCAUCCAUGGGCAGUCUCUCUGAAGACGGGAAGAAGAAUGCAACCAAAGGACUUCCCUGGUGGUUUGUCUUUAUCGGCUGGUUUCUCGUUGCUUCUACAAGUGGUGUGUCGGGAUUUUUCACUAUGCUAUAUGGGUUGCAUUACGGGAAGGACAGUUCCAUCAAGUGGCUCAUCUCCAUGGCCAUCUCAUUCUUCGAGAGUCUCUUUAUCACACAGCCUUUAAAAGUAACUUUGUUGCAAUGUAUUUCAAAUGCUCUUUGACUGUCUUCAAUAAGUCAACAAUUAAAGAUGAACUGUCACUUUCUGGGAUUUCUUAUAAUAUACUAAUUUAUCAAACAAACUAACUACUGGGUAUUUCACAGAAGUGUAAAAUAAAAUUAAAUAUAGAAAUCCACACCAUUUUUUUAGGUACAAUCAAAACGCAAAGAUGGUGGUUCAAAGAUUUUGGGAGCUCUAAAAAAAAAAUAUUGGAGGGGUCAUCUCUAGCCGAAGUGUUUGGGAUUGCCUAAUGAAUCAAUAUGUAUGUCCAUCGAUUAACAGGCAUUUGAUUUGUACAACACAGCUUAAAGGAAUUUGUGCAAAAGUCUAGUUAAUUAUACAGUAGUGCCACCUAAUGGUAGUGUGUUUAAUUCAUGUGCACUAGAUAGGGCUGCAGAUGUCUAUUCAGAACCGAAAAUAGAAUGAGAUAAUGGGAAAAUCAGGUAGAAUUAAUAUUUGAACUUCCAACAUUGUCACGUCUCAUCCAAUUGCCUAGUGCUGCCUGAGGGAUGAAGGAAAAGGGAGAUAUACUUACCUGGAUAUACUUACCUGAAGCUGUUGGCUAUAUUUUGACACGCACAUACGAUGAAGUAGUCUCUGAUUUCUUUUAAGUAUAUGUUUUGAUUGCACUUGAUGUUCAGUAAAAUAACAUUUUAAGUAACAAAUAGGAGUUUAUAAAAAAAAAAUAAUGAAUGAGAAGUGACAGCUUGACAGGUGCUCUUUAAUGCUAACUUUUGUUUUACGGAAGGGGAGCUGGUGGUGUAUUGAUGUUUUCAGUAAUACUUAGUAAAAAGCUCAGGCGUGAGAACUUUGAAUUUUAAUACUUUUUAGUCAAGUCAUUGGUUUCAUAUGAUGAAUAAUUGAGACAAACAUAUGUUAAUCAUAUAGUCCCAAUACUGACAUAAAUAUGAACAAUACUUUAACCCCUUAAGGACCAAACUUCUGGAAUAAAAGGGAAUCAUGACAUGUCACACAUGUCAUGUGUCCUUAAGGGGUUAAAUAUCAUUUCUAGCAUUACUUACAGUAUGAUUAUGUAUACAGCGCCAAUGAAUUCCGCAGCGCUUUACAAUAUUAUAUAUUAUAAAGGUGGGAGUGUAACAACAAAUGAGACAAACUGCUCCAAAUUUUGAUAGGAACAAUAGUUUGAUGAGAACCUGCUUGAAUGAGUUUGAGUAUUAACUUUCAUUAUUGAGCCUAAGCAGUGCACUAUCAAUGUUUCCAUAACCUACCUUUCACUGGAUGCUAUCUGUUCUAGGUGCUGGGGUUUGCAGCAUUUUUUGCACUUGUCCUAAAAAAAGUUGAACCAGAAGAUGAAGAAGAGACAUCUCUAGGUGGGAGUCUGUCCGUACCAGGUAUAUAGAUCUCAAUCCUCGUUUCGUUAAAGGAAGUGUUAGCAUAUUUAAUGUGGUGACAGUUGGGGUGAGGGAAAGCAAAUUUCAACAUUAGAAGGAUAGUUGUGGUCACUUGAAUACAUUAAUGUUCUACCUGAAUUUUUAUUAAAUGGCAGCCGAUUGUCAGACAAUAAGCUGUGUUAUUCAUCAUGAAUGUUCGGAUAUAAUGUGCCCAGUUAUUCUUCGCUAUCUGGGACUAGAUAUUAGCUUCUGGUGCCUAAGAAUUUUUAACCUCCUGUGUUCAUGAAUAUAAUUUCCCUGGCCCUAGAUGGUCCUGUAAUUAGUUCUGCAUUAUUACGUGUAACCACAAAGCAAACUCCAUUUCAAAACUUUUUUUUUUUAAAUUGCAUUCAACUAAAUGUUUGUAUUUAACCAUAGUGUCUGGACAAGGGUUACACUGCAUACUAAUUGGCUUUCUGCUUUAUCUAAUCUAAGUCCCAGUUGAAUAAAACAAUUACCUUUUUAUUACAGAUGAUGUGCUUAAUCUGACUGCAUUUGCCUAACUCCUUCUCCUGAAAUGAUAAAAUAAACCCACAUAUUAUAAUUAAUAGCAUUUAUAUAGUGCCAACAUAGUCCGCAGAGCUUCACAAUUAUAGAUGAGCUUACAAUCUAUGAGGCUUUGAGGUUGGCUUUCAUUAGGUGUCUUUCCUAAGGAUGUUUACUGAUGACGUGAUCUGACCGGGAUUGGAUCCUGAGUUUCCCAGUUCUAAGAUUUACUACAUUGAAUCCUGCGUUUAAUUAAAUUUUCCCAUAAUUUGCCUUCUUUAUAGGUAGAAAACUGUCUUAACUUCUUUGUGAAAUGAUCUCUUUAAAGAUUAUGUAGUAUUUUAGCCUGGAUAGUCCGUAUCGGCUGUAAAUACUAUAUUUCUGUAUUCCGGAUAUUCAGGAUAACAUGAGUCUGUAUUGUGCAAUCAAAUGUGAAUUUGAACAGAAAAACAUCACGUCGUUAAGUUAAUUUUAGAACAUAGAAGUCCAUGUUUAUUGCAUAUCACAUGCCUCAUCUAGUUUCAUUUGUGAAAAUUUGAAUGAAUAGCUAAGUUGGUUAAUGCACCAACACCCUGAGGAGGAUGACGUGGUCUGACCGGGAUUCGAUCAUGGGUUUCCCAGUUCUAAGGCAGAGAUGUUACUUUAGAUUUACUACAUUGUAUCCUGCGUUUAAUUAUAUUUUCCCAUAAUUUGCCUUCUUUAUAGGUAGGAAACUGUCUUAACUUCUUUGUGAAAUGAUCUCUUUAAAGAUUAUGUAGUAUUUUGGCCUGGAUAGUCCGUAUCGGCUGUAAAUACUAUAUUUCUGUAUUCCAAGGACAUCAUUGAUUUGUUUAAUCUUAUUUCUGUCUGUUUGUUUUGUAUCUGUAAAGGGAGGUAUAUCCAGUAAUGUGAUAUUACAUAACAAAGCUACACCUGCUCUGAUAUAUACGUUUCCCACAAGGCCUUAAACUGCAGGUUUUUUUAUUAUAAAUUUGAGAAUGCGUCUCCUACAACUGUCGUGCAAAGAUCUGAAACUAAAUCAUCCUCACCCCAGUUAAAAGAAUACUCCAGGCGCUACACCAUUCUGGCAUCCUUCUCUCCCCAUUUUAGAAUGGUUUGAUUUCUUACCUAAAGCCUUCCAGGGACUGCUCCCUGCCUCCACUACUACCAACAGAGAGCCAGAAGUUCUCUAUCUGAGAUAAGCCCAGCGGUGCAGGGUCUAGCUCACUGUCUGAGAGUGAUCAGCUGAUAAUCUCAUUCAAUAAGCUAGCCUCGCAUUGAAAGGCAUAGCUCAGGAGAGCUAACAGAAGCCCCUGCUCGUCAGAGGUAUUGGCCUAGCAAAACGCAGGUUUGAAGUCAAAUCUUUCUAAAACAAUUUAACUACUUACAAUGGGAGGGCGGCAGGACACUCCUGUUCCCAUAACCACUACAGCGACUGUUCCUUUAAGAGUGUCAUCUACUAUUUAUUAUAGUUAAAAUUGAAUUCAUCUAUUUCCACAUUAACAAUGUCUCCAUGACCAAUAAAAUAUGUGAUCUACAGGUUUUUUUUUUUUUUUAAAUGAUGCCAAUGCCAAUUUUGAAUCUAAGCUUGGUAUUUGUAUUUAUAUAUUUAUGUCACUGCGUCUUUAAAAGGCAAGUAACCCAUUGCACACGACUUUUAAACUUGUGAUAAGGCCAAAGGUUGCUUGUAGAAGUGCACUCAGCAGGAAAGCAGGAGAUAAAUUAGGAAUAUUGUUGCAUACAUUGUUAAUAUUUGCCAGAUUACAGCUAUAUGUGGUAUCAUAAUAUUGUAUAGGUCGCUUCUAGAGACAAAAAGUUAAACAUUCUAAGAAUUCCCAUAACUGACGCCAGGAAUCUAUAUCUCAAUAACCUAUCAGUGUUAGGUAUCUACAUGUCAGGGUACAAAAUUAGAACACUGGGAUAGUAUCAGAAUUAUGGGAAUAUCAGCUAACUCUGUGCACUGGCAAUACAUCAGAGUUAUUCAGUAAAAUAUGAAUUCUAAGGAAUUCAAAGUGAAUUCAAAUUAAACUUCAAAUUUUAGUUCAAAAUAGCUGACUUGGAGAUGUGAUCCCCAAAUGUGAAAUUUGCUGAAUGGGAUUGCAUUAUCCUAGGUAGGAUUGACCACACUGAUAUAAUGGGAUAUCCAUAAUUUUGUGACCUUUCUGUAAAGUCCACCUGACAUACUAGUAGUUUCGCUGGGCUUUAUUUAAAGGAUGGGCACAUGCCGUGAGAUUAUAUUGCAGGACAGAAAAACAUGGAUUUAGUAGUGGAUGAAACAGUAACAAUCAUAUUUGAUUCUGCAGGUAAUCCCAAUCCUUUUCUGGAAUCACGCAGAGACAGUAACAUCUACCAGCCUCCUCCUCCCACCGAUGUCUCCAGGAUGAAGAACUAUUAUAUAAAGGAACAAAAAGUGUUUGGGUUAAUUCGAGAAAUACUGGGUAAUGUGUUACUAUUUGGAACCUGACCAAAUUAUUAAAACAGAAUGCCACCCUCUUGUGGUCCCACACUGCACCUUGAUUCCCUAUGUUUUAACAUUGUUGACCCCAUGCUGUUAUCUUCCUGAUUUUGGUGAGCCCUGCCCACGUUGUUCUCCUUCUAAGCUACAGUGUCUAUGUCCCACAUAUUUUACCUGCUGUCCUCUUGGGCUACACAAGAGGUGCCCAUUAAGUUGAGAAGACAUGUCAUAACACUUAGCCCAGACUCAAGCACAGGUACUUAUCCUAUGGCUGCAACCCUCUUUGCUUUAACAUCACAUCAUAUUUGUUCAUGGUUGCAUCAGUUGUAAAUGAACUACAGCUCACUGUCUAUUAAUGAACUCCUUUAGAUAUUUUAGUGACAGGUGAUCAUAAAGGAAAAAUGUGGUAUGAAAGAAUUUUGUAGAGUGUGGAGCCUGUUUUGCCUUACAUCACCGACCAUCAUUCUUUUGCAAAUCUAACGUUUUUAUUCCCAAAACACUGAAGAAUAAAUGACAGAGCAUUCUAAGCUAAAAUGCAGAAUAAGGCAAAAGGUGCCAGACUUUGACAAAUUCCACAAUGUGUGAAUUCAUUUUGGACCUAAAUUGGGAAUUCACAACAAUUCACAAUGUAGUGAAUCAGCCCCUUAAUGUCACAUUUACUAAAAAUCUCCCUUUUUUGUGUGCUUUGCAGCCUACCUUGGCUUUCUAUGGAUGCUCCUGCUGGUUGCCUACGGGCAGAGAGACCCCAACUCAUACUACCUUAAUAAACAUAUCGAACACAGUUUCACCAGUGACCUUGAAGAUGUUUGCAGCUAUAAGUGCUUCUUUACCUGGGCAAACACAACCUUAAUCAACAACUUGUAUGGGAGCUACCCAGGUAAUGCACAAACGUACAAACAAAAACGCUAAAAGAAUUUUCACUAUUGGGGUCAAGUUUGAAAUCCUUCCAAAUUAAGUUUAUUCAUAAUUUAAAAAAUGUUUUUCUUUCGAAAUUCAUUUAUCAGUUACUUACAGUUCAAAUUCUACUUUGUAAAAUAUUUGUGCUAUGAAAUGCUGAUAAUAAUAAUUAAAUAGUUUAGUCUGGGAAUGUACUAAGUUGUGUAAAAGAGACGGACUCAGAUAUUAUAUUAUACCAGUAGGUAUUUUAGAACAUUAUCGGUGAUGCAGUCUCUAGGAUUUCGAGUAGCAGAGAUAAUUGAUCCAUAUGUUACAUUAUGGGUUAUGGAUUGCUAACCUUUGAAAUAAGGGAUAAAGCCCCCCUUUAAAUCAUCUGACAAUGCUUUGGUAUUCAGCAACUACUUAAAAAUACCAACUUUUAUUACAUAGCAACUGGAGAGUUUUCUCUCACUAAGGACAUUUUGUGGUAUUGAUUUGAAAUAGAUGGCAUUAAGAUCCCAGGGAUGCUUACCAUAUGUAAUGCAUAUGUUACAUUUUUGCUUAAUUCUCCUGCUUUUUAUGGUAAGGGCUGCAGCUGUGAUCGUGGCAAUUCAGGAUAACAUGAGUCUGUGUUGUGCAAUCAAAUGUGAAUUUGAACAGAAAAACAUCACGUCGUUAAGUUCAUUUUAGAACAUAGAAGUCCAUGUUUAUUGCAGAUCACAUGCCUCAUCUAGUUUCAUUUCUGAAAAUUUGAAUGACUAGCUAAGUUGGUUAAUGCACCAACACCCAGAGGAGGAUUGACCAUAGGGUGACUCCUAGGGUCCAGGUGUUAGACAAGGGGUGCUGAAACCAUGAAUGAUAACAUUUAUAGCCCUGGAGAUACUUGACAAAAUAUAGAAAUCUCAAUAUAUUUUGUCUGAUACAAUACUUCUAACCUUUUUAUAAGGUUUAACGGUAUUCAGUAAAUGUUCGAGGCAUGCAUCACUAAGGGAACUGGGACCAGACCUUUUCCGUUGGAUCCAAGGUGUCAAUUUAGAGAUUUAUACUCUAAUGCCUCGUUUCCACUGAGCGGAUCGGUUCGGGUUGGUACAGUUUGGAAGGCUUAGAAUGGUCCAGCCCAUUCUGGUGAGCGUUUCCAUUGCAAGCCAGACCUUCAGGGGCCAUGCAGGGUUUAGAAAAAAUGCUCUUCCUGUCCACCAAUAAAUGGGUUGUAUAGUAGCUCCGCCCUAACCAAACCGUUCCAUUUCCUAUGGCCCUACAUCUGAAGCAGGACACUGGAUCGGUACAGUUCGCUUAUAUGGACCACUUUCAUAACGGAAACACCCAUAUAGCGAACCUUACCGAACCAAACUGAACCGAUCCGCUCAGUGGAAAACGAGGCAUGAAUGUAUGCUUAUCAAAUACGAUAAUUGAGACAACUGUAUUUUUUAUGAUUAUUGACUAAUUCUCUAGAAUUUACCAGGGAAUUCCAAAAUUGAGGUCAUAAUAGCUGAGGUGGAAAAAUAGCAGAUUGUAGAAUAUUUCAAAUUUGAGUAUUUAGGCCUAAAAAUUUAAAUUCUCCAGUCAAUGCCCAACAAUCUCAAUAUUAAAGGGUUACUCUAACCCUUUUGAGAUAGGGUACCUUUCCGGUGUAAUAUGCCCUACUGGGCACUGUGGAGAACGUCCCCCUCUCAAUAUGUAGUGAACCCUGCAAAAAAAUGUUUUGCUUACCUGGAUCCAGCACCGGUCGAUGUUCCCGGCGCUGAUCUUCUGACGUCACUGGGGCCACGUGCGUUUGGACCAUUUCGCCGGCCGAAUUGGUCAUGGUGGUUGGAGUAACCUUUUAAGGAACCCUCCUGAUUUUGUAUUCUUUUCAGAUCUUAAUUCCAACAUGAUUAUCAUUCAUUUUGCUUCUUUCAUCACUCAAAAACAAUUAUUGAUCUUCAUAUUAUGUCUAUUUUGUUCUAUGUGAUUCAGGCUUUGUAACAGAUGGUAACUCCAAGCUUGUUGGCACCACAAGACUCCGUCAGCUUAGAGUAAAGCGUGAUUCUUGCCCGAUUGUGCCAGCACUGCGGAAUAAAAUAGAAAACUGCCGUUCACCAUACUCAUUGGAUACUGAAGAUAUGGGUCAUUAUGAGGAAAACUGGAAUGUGUCUUCCGCAACAAACAUUACGGAAACAGACACUGCCUGGAGCUACCAGAACCAAUCCAAACUCAGGGGUUAUCCAACAUGGGGAAAACGGGCUACUUACAGGGGAGGGGGCUAUGUGGCACAUUUAGGAAAUGAUCGGAAAACUGCAUCCAGGUAAUUCUCAUUAAUCUCACGUUUACACGUAUCUUACCAUUCAGACAGGUUCAUGUUUUAAUGCAGAUUUUGUAAGGAGCACAUAAGAUAUUAAUGCAGAAGAAUGACAGUCUAAAUACAGUUAAAGUAAUGAGCUUCAGGUAUCUUCUAUGAUCUACGGUAUGUUGCUAACAAAUGAUGAGCCUGUGACUGUCAUUGUGCUGUCUUAGAAAGCCAGCUGAGCACAUAAAUAGGUCUACAUUGUAACACUUGGAAAGAAAACCCAUAACAUCAUCAUGUGAAUAGAUUAGUGUGAAAAGUCCUUCUUGUUAGAUAACUAAGGGUUGUAGUUGUAUAAAUUUCAUGUUAGCUGAUCCAGCCAGUGUUAUUGAGAAGAUCAGUGAGUACAUUUUUAUAAUACCUGUAUCUUUAGGUCCAGUUCUGUCAUAGCCUUCAUUCAUAGUAACAAGAGUGACCAUCAGCAGUCAGAUUUGUCACUCCACUACCAGUCUAGACCUCAGUUUCUUAUAUCGUACCCCUGAUGUGGUCAAAAUUAGUAGUUUCACUGCAGGGGUUAAUGAUAUAUGAUGGAAAAUGUUGCAAUUAAAGGUUGGCAUAAGUGGUACAUGGCUGUAAAUAUAUGUUAUGUAUGGUACCCAGAAGAAGGUUUACAAACACUAUGCUAAGAAUUCUAGACUCGUGUCCUGUCUAGAUCUCGUGUUAGCAGAUUCAUUUCAAAACAGCUCUGAGUAAAUUGGAACCAAGUUGCAGCCAAAUUUCCUGGCUUUAAGAAAAAUAAGUAGCCCUUAAGGCAAUCUCCCCCAGAGGCUGAUGGCCUACAACUCCUAGAAUUAUUUGAGGGUAAUCACUGACCAGAAUAUCAAGGGAGCUGCAGUUCAGCAACAUUCCUGUUUUAAGGUAAGAGGAGGGUUUAGAGGGUGAUAUAGGUUUGGGGUAUUGUUACGGAGUGAUGGGGUCUGUGGUAGCCUUAGGGUGGCUUUGGGGAAAGGAGGUUAGUGUGAAUGUCAGGUAUUCCCCAGGUUUGCAUCAGAAAAAAACACAUCAAACAAAUGCAACUGAUCUUGAUGUAUUACAGUUGUUUGUAAAUAGCUAAAAUCCUAAACCUAUACAGAGAAUCAGCUGAUUUUAACAGUUAACCAAAUACAGCAAAAAUAACCAAAUUUGCCUUUUUUCAAUGAUUUCACACAGCAAACAUAUGGUUAAAAGAGCUAAAUAUGCACACCCAAACACCAUUCUGCAAUACUACUAGUACUUCAGAUAAAUAUAUAAUAAGACUCAGCAGCCCAACAAGGAGUAAUGGAGAGUACAGGUAGAUUUUCCUACACAAAUGAUGUACCAAGUCACAGGAUGCGCGCGCGCACGCACAAACACACACACGUCAAACCCAUAUUCAACAUGAUUACUGUAGAAGAAUCGCAAUACAAGGAAAUAUGUGCUUGGCUUUUUUUUGCCACAAUAACAUAGAUUGAUGUUAUAAUCUCUGCUACUUUUAUUGGUAGUUAGUAACCAUCGACUUAUUUUUCCAGGGUUUUGCAGGACCUUUUUAGCCAUGUUUGGCUGGACACCUACACCAGAGCCGUCUUUGUAGAGUUCACGAUUUACAAUGCCAACGUGAAUCUCUUCUGUAUCGUCAAACUGAUAUUUGAGACCAAUGCAUUGGGUAAGAGAAACUUGUUCGGAUUCCCAUGAUAUAGCUGAAAUAUGUAAAAGAUGAGCGUAACAAAAAUGUUGUUCAAUUAAAACAACCAUGUAGUGCGAGUAGUUUGAAAUGAAACAUAGAAACAUAGAAACAUGUGACGGCAGAUACUUAAACUCCUUUACUGUGUUAACCUCUACCACUUCAGCUGGAAGGCUAUUCCAUGCAUCCACUACCCUCUCAGUAAAGUAAUACUUCCUGAUAUUAUUUUUAAACCUUUGUCCCUCUAAUUUAUGUACUCUUGUUGUGGUAGUUUUUCUUCUUUUAAAUAUAGUCUCCUCUUUUACUGUGUUGAUUCCCUUUAUAUAUUUAAAUGUUUCUAUCAUAUCCCCCCAUCUCGUCUUUCCUCCAAGCUAUACAUGUUAAGAUAGAAACAUAGAAUGCUUUGCAAUGAGGAAGGAACCCUAUCCUGAUAAGCAUGUACUACAAGUGUGCAAGAUUCUCUAGUGGGUUGGUGGGAAACAGAACCAGUUGGACCAGUAACUGAGUUCUUUGCUCAAAGAGUACCUGACGUGACAAUACAAGUUAAUCUUAAAUGAUAGAAAAUCAGAUUUAAUCUAUACAAUAUUCUAGUAGAAUUGGUGGUAAAUUCAGUAUAUGCCAAUAGGCUGUAUUAUAGAAACACUCUGUACAGAUCCACCCUUUCUCUUUCUUCAGGUGCGUUCUUUACUCACAGUGAACUUCAGAGCAUUCGUCUCUAUCCAUUCACGGACGGCUUACAUAUCUUCGUUGUUGCUGCGGAAGUUAUUUAUUACCUGUUCAUUAUUUACUACAUGGUGGUGCAGGUAAGACUGGCAAAGCUACUAGUCUGAGGAUUGCUAGCUGUAACCAAAGGUCCUCCAAAAUGUUCCACAGGCCUCUGAAACAUAUGCAUUGGGCAGAACAUAAAAAUCUGCAUGUAAAUCACCCAACACAGACACGCAGUAUGUACUUACAUGUUGAUACACAAUGAUCUCUCCAAAUCGAUUAGGCACAUGAGGAAAAAAUAGAAAUAAGAACACAUAAUAUAGACUGUCACCAAAAUGGUUCAAAGGGUUACACCGAGCAUCACUACCGCUACCUAUGUUUCGUGUAUGGGGGUGACGUGUCUUACAUGAGGCAAAUAAGGCACCAGGCUUGGGCGGCACUUUGCAGGGGGCGGCAAAAAAAGUCGCCCCCAAAGGCCCAGGCAGAUCCCUUGCUUGCCUUGUGUCCUGGGGGGCUCAAGAGCUGGCCAGCUGGCCACUUUUGAGCCCCUCCCCCCCCCCGAGGCAGGUGGCGGGCAGCGAGAGAGUAUACUCACCGGGAGCUCUUCCUGCUCAGCUCCCUCCGCGCCGCCUAAUGAAGCCGGGAACCAGAAUAUGACGUCACUCCGGCUCCCAGCAUCACUAAGCGGUGCGCAAGGGAGUUAAGCAGGAAGAUUAAAGCUCUUUCGCCGCCUACUCAGACUGUCUGCACCCUGCCUACCCAACCAGCAGCCCCAUUGGACUGCAGGUAAGCAAUCCACUCCAGCUCUCCAAGGGAGGCUGGGUGAAUUUAAAAUAACAUUUUAAAAAUAAUAAUUUGUGAGUGUUGGUGGAAAUGUGUGUGUGUGUGUCUGUAAGUGUGUGUGUGUCUAAGUGAAUGUGUGUGUGUGUGUGUGUGUGUGUGUCUGUGAGUGAAUGUGUGUCUAAGUGAAUGUGUGUGUGUGUCUGUAAGUGAAUGUGUGUGUGUGUCGGACAGUGAGUGCAUGCAUCUGUCAGUGAGUGUGUCGGUCAGUGAAUGUGUGUGUGUCGACAGUGAGUGUGUAUGUGUCGGUCAGUGAGUGCGUGCGUCUGUCAGUGAGUGUGAGUCUGUCAGUGUGUGACAGAGUAAUAGUGUGUGUCUGUCUAUCAGUGUGUCAAAUCAGUGAGUGUGUGUAUGUCAUUGUAUGUCAGUGUAUAUGAGAGUGUAUGUCUGUCAAUGAGUGUGUGCGUCUGUCAGUGAGUGAGUGUCUGUCAGUCAAAGUGCGGCUUUGACAGGAAGGUCUGGGGAAAAUUUUAAUUGGGGGGGUUGCCUGAGCACUGUCCUGCCUAUGGCAGCACAAAUCCUAAAUACACCACUGGCUGAGGAGCUGGAAGAAAGGUGCGUAAAAUCAACUUUUUAAAGUAUAGAGAGGGGGACCUGAGGCCGGGGGCCUAAAUAAUCAUUUUAACACUAUAGUAUCAGGAAUACAUGUUUAUUAUUAUACAUUAUUAUUAUUGUUCUUAAUCGUUGCUAGUGAUGGGGCUUUGGGGGAGGAAUCCCUGCAUGUUUGACUAUUCAGCCCUCGAUCUCAAAAGCUAAUAGAAGGGAAAUGAAGAUAUUGGUGUUUUUUUUUUUUUUUACUCAAAGUAACUACCUGAUACUACUUAGUGCGCCACCAGGCUACUAAGUAGGAGGGAGUGUUGCCCUCAGGUAACUUUUGGGAGAGGGUGCUGGAGAAUAUAACUUUAAGGCACACACCUCUAUCAGGUAGGUAGCACGGCAGGAUCACCUGGAAUCCAUGCCAUGCAUCGUGUUUGUUCCUGGCUAUACUGUCAUUGAGAUCAUGGAGAGUGUCAGUAGCAUGCUUUUCAUGGGUAUCGACAUAGAAAGACAGUGAUAUGUUAUGACAUCCCCACGUCUCUGUUAGAGUAGGGGUUAUCAAGUUUUCUUUUGGGCACAAACCCCAGGUGUUUCUAGAACCUCACAACACCCCUGAUAUUGACAUCUCUCUGAUUGUUCUUCUUUUACUAUUUUAUUAAAGGGUAAACUCAUGAAGGAACAGAAGUGGGGCUAUUUCCGGAGUAAGUGGAACCUGCUGGAGUUGGCGAUAAUCAUUAUUAGCUGGAGCGCUCUCUCAGUGUUCGUGAAAAGGACAAUCCUUGGCUCAAGGGACAUCAGCCAUUAUCAGAAACACAAAAACGAGUAAAUACCCAACAUGUCUUUCUGUUUGUGGGGCUUCUAUUCUCAACCCAAUGACUACAAAAAUAGUUGUCUGGUUUUAACUCAGUGAUGACCAAGGAAUAGCAUAAUUUGGCUUUAUAUUGAGUACCCUCCUCACCCUUCAGAGGACGGUACUCAAUAUAGAGGAUAGUAGAGCUCCAAACACAAAGUCCACUGGUUUCAAUUUAUCAAAAUAAACAGAUGUAUCAUAAUCUAGAUAAUCUAAAUAUAAAGGUUUAGACAGGAGAACAAGUAAUACAGAACGGUAUAGUUACGGUAUAGCCGUACUGCCCCGCUACAGUCUGUAAUGAAUGCUGCCGCCAGGCUGAUUUUCCUCUCCAGUCACUCCUUUUACUCCUCACCCCUCUGUCAGUCCUUACAUUGGCUUCCUGUAUCCUACAGGAGUCAAUUCAAAAUACUAAUCCACACCUAUAAAGCACUGAACAAUUCUAGCCCUUCUUAUAUCUCUUCACAGAUCCAUAGUUAUACCCCUCCUCGUUCCCUCCGCUCUGCCCAUGACCUUCUCCUGUCCGCUGCUCACACACGUACGGCCAACUCGCGCUUGCAGGACUUCUUGUGGGUGGCUUCCUUCCUAUGGAAUCGCCUGCCUACCGCCACCAGACUGUCCCCUAGUCUUCAAUUGUUCAAGAAGUGCUUUAAAACCCAUCUGUUUAGGAAAGCUUAUGGCCUCCCAGAGUGACCUAUCCCUCAUAUACCUGUCUCUUGCUCUCUCCUAAAGGGCAGCACUCUACUCUCUCCUCAGGCUCUGCUUCACUCCCACCUUGUCUAAUUUGUAAUCUCCUGUCCUACUGUGUUUUACACCCCACCUCCUAUCGACUGUAAGCUCGUUUCGGCAGGGUCCUCUUCAACCUAUCGUUCCUGUAAGUUUUCUUAUAAUUGUUCUAUUCAUAGUUAAAACUCCCCCUCUUAUAAUAUUGUAAAGCGCUGUUGGUGCCAUAUAAAUGGCAAUAAUAAUAGUUAUAACAUUAGACUCAUAUUUAACUUUAUUAAAAGAUAGCAUAAAGACUGAUUUAAAGUCAGAGAGGAAGGGGGGGGAGAGAAAAAAAUCCAAGAAUGUGUAUUAAGAGGGUUUAUUGGGCUUAUAGCAAGUUGUAAAUGCCGAGUGAGUGUGAGCGAUGCUGAAAUGAAGCGUUGUUACAUUGCCAGUCGUUUCUAAGUGACUCUGCUAGGCCUGGGAAAGGCUGGUGGGUAUCCACCUUCUAGAUGCUGUAUGCAGUUAUGUGUGCAUCUAUCACAAUUUAUAGUCUAUAGCAUUUCUAGUGUUUACAAGGGACAAGGUUACCCUGAUGAACCCCCAACAUCUAAGGACUGAAUUACAGUACACACUGCAUUUUAAGCUGUAAUGAUACUUCUUCUUAUAAACAUUGCUCUCUAUUAAAAGUCUAAACCUUAAGUGUGCAUUUUAAAGUGAAUGUAUUGCUAAAUAGGGUGAUUGAUUGUGCUCUGUAAUUGAAACAAGUAUCUCAUAUCACAGUCAGCUUUUUUUCUUCAACCAAAACAAAUUCCUUUGAAUGAAACACUUUAGCUGCAGAACAUGCGCCGUGGUAAUAUAUGAGGCCAUCAGGUGGAAUGGGUUUCCUGUGCUAUACUGGAUGUGGUAGUAUUGAGAGUAAACGUCAGUUGUACGCUGUUUCUGCAGAAAAACUGGGCUUAAUUUUAGCAACCAUCAUAUUUUGUAUAUAAAGAUCCUUUUAAAAAAAAAAAAAUGCUUAAAAUGGUCUCCAAAUGUCAUGGGCUGCUCCUACUGCAAGCACUGUCAGGCAAAGACUUUCAAAGACUUUGAAGCAUUUAAAAAACGCAAUCCUCAAGUUUCCAUUUGACAAAAUGCUCAGAGGAUGGAUAUGACUCGUACAAGGUGACAGAAACCCCCGUCUGAAUGUAAAGAAUGUUCCCAGCAUGCAUUGUGAUCUACUGUAUUUGUUUGGAAUGAUGCCAACUACACCGUCGCCUUGAGACAGAGGAAUCAUUUUAAAGAGUAGAGAGGGACUGGAAUUGCCUGGUUACCUAGGUUUCAUAGAUGUUUAUUUAUUUACAGUAAGUAGUCCCAGGAAAGUAGUUUUGCUAAUCACUACCAAGCCAUUUUUGGUUAAACAUAAACAUUGCAGCUUAUUGUAGUGGCUAUGCUGCUACAAGGGUACGCAAGAUGCUCCAUCGGUUUUUGUAAAAUGAUUUUCAGGUCUUGAAAAAUACAACUGUGUCCGUUGAAACAUUGUCAUUCUAAUACUUGUUGCUACAUUCCAGGGAUCUCCGUUUAGGUGAGAAUAUUUAAAAACCAAGUGAUGCAAAUACCACCAAAACAGUGUUUUGUUUGCUAGUGCCUUAUGACUCACACAAAUGAAAAAGUAAGCGGUAGCUUCUCAGAUAUCAUACCAGACACGGGGUUACUUAGGGGUGCUCGAUCUCUCUUCCAAGCAGCCUUCGUUACCCCAGAUGUUGUGGAUUAUAUCUCCCCUGAUGCUUUGCUAACAUUAUGGCUGUAAGAGCAUUAUUGGAAUUGUAGUGCAGAAUAUCUAGACUGCCAAAGGAUGCUUACCCCUGAUAUAGGAUAAUGACAUUUGAGUGGCAUGUGCAACCAGAGAUGUACAUAAUAUUGAGAUUUGGUCUUUUGCAUUGAGAUGUGAAAGUCAAGUGUGUUCAUACAAGUCUCUGCCUGUUUUACUGUUGAGACAGAGGCUAAACAGUAAAAGUGUGCUUGAAGUGGCCAGAUAUGUCGGAGUAGGCAAUUACUUGGUUUUGAAAUAUUAUUUUCUAUGUAAUGUCACCGAACACAACACACACACACACACACACACACACACGCAUUUCACAAAGAUAAAAUCUAGAUGAAAGGCUCAAAAAGAGUAUCGUAAGAGUUACCAUAAGACAAGGUAGGUAGACUACUCAGUCUUAUGGUAAAUCCUCUAGUUUGUCAUUGCCUCCUGUCGUCGCUAACAAUGGCUAAAGGGAAAAGGUUAUGGUCUCGCUCAUCGCAAGACAAAAUCUAUGGAGGCUCCUGCAGAAUCCUCCACAAGUGCUAGGGUUGUACUCUCAUACAUGUGCAAGAGUACAGCACUGAUACGGACUCCUGGCAGAUGAUGUGCUAGGAACUGCACUCUACCCCUGAGCCACUACACCCCAAUGUGGCAAUGUCACCAUCGUGGGUCUUUGCAAGAAAAUCAAAGAACCCAGAAGGCAAUAGAGCUCCUUAAAUUGCCCCAGUGUUAACUUCUACCUACAAAACCAAACCAAUAAUGCAUAUAUAAAUCAGUAUUUAAAUAUAUUUUUAAGAGAUUGUAUGAUAUUGGGGUGGGUGGGGGGGCAUGGAAUUUCCAUAGUAAUUAUUUGACAUACAUUAUGAACAAAACUAUAUCAAGUCUCCUACCUCGGAAGUGAUCAAUGAUUUUAAUAUGUGGAAUUGGCAGAAAAAACUUUCAGAAACUCGUUAUCUGUGUUCAAAUUCAGAACUCUUUCAAUAUUAAGAUCUUACAUUAUAAUUAUUUUCUGCAUUGGAUUCAGUUUGGGAAUUUCAUGUUCCAAAAACACUCAUUUUCUAAUCAGAGAAAAACCCAUAAAAGUCACAGCAUAUCCAUAAAUUUCCCUUUUUUGUUGUCAUCCUGAUUACUUUUUGUUUUGUUUUUCAUUUAAGGUUUGUAAGUUUUAAUGAAACGGCUGUAACGGAUGCAGCCCUGGGGUACCUGAUUGCUUUUUUGGUGCUGUUGUCAACCAUUAAGUUGUGGCAUCUUCUCCGACUCAAUCCCAAAUUGAACAUGAUCACGGCAACGCUCCAGAGAGCCUGGGGCGACAUAUCUGGAUUUAUUAUAGUUAUUGUCAUAAUGUUCCUGGCCUAUUCUGUUGCUGUAAGUAGAUCUGGUUUUCUUUUUUACUUGUCUUUCUUGUGAAUUCUUAAAAUGUUGUUUUACUACAAACAUGAAAACAAAAUGGUGGUAUGAAGUGUUGCUUUAUCGAUGAAAGAAGAUGGGUAGUUACAAUCAACAUUAAGAAAUUAAGGCCUUGAUUUAAAUUUGAAUCGGAAUCAGAAAUUAUUCUAUUAUGUUAGAACAAACUUUUAAAAAUGAUUUGGCUACAGAAGUCAGCAUUAAAAUCUAUGGGAAUUUUUGUAGAUAAAUAAUUUGAAAAGCUUUAUCAAUCAUUUCAUAUACUGAUUUAAACUAAUUAAAUUGUGGCAAAUGUACUUUGUAAAUUUUAAUUGAUGGCAAACAGUUCCCAGAUCAGAAAAAAAAAUCACAAAAAGGCUGUAAUUUCGACCAUCUUUCUGUCUAGAUAACCACGUGUCCAUGUGGUUUCAAGAUACUUUUUAUCCUCUAAUUCUAGUGCAAUGUGAUAUUUGGUUGGAAGCUUCAGUCCUACAAAACGUUGUUCGAUUCAGCAAAAACCAUGGUCAGCCUUCAGUUGGGGAUCUUCAACUAUGAGGAGGUAUACGUGACCGCUUGUUUCGGGGGUCGGGCACCGGUAAUACGUGUCCGGUUACUGAAUUCUUGUUUUCUUGUGUCAGGUCUUGGAUUAUAAUCCUAUUUUGGGCUCCUUCCUAGUUGGAUCGUGCAUCAUUUUCAUGACAUUCGUGGUAAUGAAUCUCUUCAUAUCUGUUAUACUGGUAGCGUUUACCGAAGAACAAAAACAUCACCAGGUAAAAUUACAGUCCCAAUAAUGUGUGCCACGGUACAAAACCAUUAGAUUAUAAUACAAAUAUCGAUGCACAGGGCAUUCCCGACUUGCCCCACAAUUUCCCACUUUAACUCCAUAACUUGCUUGUUGCCACUGUCUCUUUGUUUCACUAAUGGACAAUAUUAAAAACACGUAAAAUGUAGUGAUAUCAAAACUGUGCUAACUUUGUGGGUUUAUGGUAAGCAAGGCAGCUGCUUUUGGGCUCAGAGGGAUUAAGAGUACCUAUUGUUUAGGUGAAUUCCACAGAAUUUGGAACCUGUUACUGGCUGCUUUUCAGCUACAUUUGAUUUGAUAAGUCUAAAGCUAAGCAUUGGCCAAUUAAUACUCUAGAUAAAGCCACUGACUUUAAAGGAACUGUAGCGUUAGGAAUGUAAUGUCCCCAGAUCUACAGAGGUUUCCCCCCGUUUGCUCUAAAAAAUUGGAGAAUAAAGAAUUGACGUCCCUAUUUUUAGCAAUGCUCCAUGCUGAUCCAAUCCAACGCUCCUCAUAGAAAAGCAUUAAGGACAUAAUGCGCAUGUGUGGUGAGUGCCGCACACACAUUCCAGCUUUCCCAUAGGAAACCACUGUACUCAACGCUUUCCUAUAGGCGCAUCAAGUCUGUGCAGAAGAAGCCCCCUCUAGUGGCUGUUUUGGUCCACUGCUUAGCUCUAUCCCUUUCAUGGGACAAUUUUAAAGAGAUCCCUCACAUCCUUAAUUUUUUACAACAACACAGGGAAUGAAAAAUCUCAGUACGAGAUAAAAGAAGCACUCCUGGGUGUACAAGUGCAUCCUGCAACAUUUAAUUGUCAUUCAGUUGGUGCUGAGUGAUUUGUUUAGUCAUUUUGUAAACUCUGAUUAUGGACUCUGAGUAAUAAAACCUUGGGUGUGCACAUUUUGGGUGUGCACAUUACAAGUGCCGAUCUGUUUUCUUUUGUAUUUAUAUUUCUCCUGCGGUGCAUAUUUAACUUUAACAACAUUGCUUGAAUUUUUCUAGGCCUCAGACGAAGAGGAAAUUGUUGACCUCAUGCUGAUGAAGAUCUGCAGUUUUUUCGGACUUCGACAUAAAAAGGAAGAAACAGAUAAAGGAGAGAGUGCUUCGAAGGCCUCUGCCGGUGGCCAGGACAACUGAAAAAGCCUAGAAGAAAUAUAACGUAUUCUUAGAAACAUUGAUUAGCUGUAUUGUUGUAACAUUGUAUGUUACUGUUUUUCUGUUACAGGUAUAAGGAAUUGACUAACAUGAAAAUAUAUUUAUUAAAUGUGAUAGUGCUCACUUUUGCAAGGUACUGAUUAAAUAAUGCAUCACAACAUGGUUCUGUUGCCUUCUUAUUAAGAAAAAGAAGUGCAGUUUCAGAGAAUAACUGAAGGUUUUGAUAACUUCAUGUAGUUCCCAUGCGUACAUUCAAAAACAAUUUUCAUUUUAGCAUUUUGAGCUUUUG